AUGAAUAAAAGUCAAUCGUGGAAGGAUAUUGCACCUGAAGGUGAGAAAGUGGCUGAUCUAGGGCGAACAAGUUCGCAGCCACCGCAUACACCACAAGCCACGACAAAUGAGCACAGUUUUGCUGCGGUAAAUUCAUCUUCAAAGUCAAGCAUGGAUGAAAUGCGACGGAGGAUUGUUCAACUUAACAAGGAAUUGGAACAAGAGAGAACCCUUGUAAAAAAUCUGAGAAGAGACAAGGUAUUGGAGGUCAGACAAGCACGAGACGAAGAACAGCGAAAAGCGAUCGCCAUGCAAACCGAAUUAAGGUCGAAACUUCACAAAGAAAAGGUAAAUGAGCUAACGGCUUUGAAAGAACAAGUUCGUAAAGAAAAAGAGAAGGAGAUAUUGUUGAUAAUAAGACAAAAGGAUGAGAUUUUAAGAACUGCUCAACAAGCUUGGGCAAAGGAGAAAGACGAACUUAAAUCGAAGAUUCGUAAUGAACUUCGUGGCGAAACGCGGGAAGACAGCAAACGUGAAUUUGAAAAGGAACGCUGUAGAAUGGAGCAGGAAAUUGCAGAUCUCUAUCGACAGAAACGUGACUUGGAAGAAACACUUAAGCUUGUUCAGGAUGCUGAUAAAAGAAAAAUAGAAGAUAUUCGAAGAAUACACCACGAACAUGAAGCAGAACUAGAUAAAUUCAAGAGAAAUUCAUGGCAAGAGAGCAGACAGCAAGUAAGUUAUUGCCAAAGUUCAAUUUAUAUUUAUAAUUGCCUCCCUUUAAAUUUAUAUUGUGAGAUUUCCGGGCUUGAAUUCUUUGUUUUGCUGAAUGAUGCCGACACUUAAGACAUCAAUGACCCCCAUAUUUUGGAUUGUGAGUUCCGCUUGUAGCUGUUUCGCUAACUAGACUAAAAGGAUAAUGUUCCGCUUGACAUCGUUUGUUUACACGUGAAGAUAAUUCAAGCUUGUGUCCCGUUGCUGUUUUAUCCAGCUUGGAGUUUAUUUGAGGAAGUGAUUUUUAAUUGCUUGUAUGAUAUAUUGUGAGUAUAAAUUAUUCAAAUCCUGUUUUUAAAAUAGACAAAGAUAAGGUGUUUUAAAUUUAUUUGAAUUUUGAGCUAAUUCAAACACACCUGACAGGAAUUAAGUAAAAACUAUUAACUGAGUCGCUAUCUUCAUUUCUUCAAAGGUUAGAGAUUUUUUUGAUAUUUUUUCCCAACAAAUAAUUUUCCAUCAUGUCAUGAAUUCAAAUACACGAAACUGUGUUACACGCAUUUUGAAGGAGAGCAGAGAAGUGUUCGAUUUCAAAACAGAUAUCACUUUACAUGUACAUUUCAUGGAUGCUGUUAUCCAGUUUUGUUUUGUUUUUAUUUUCCUUUUAAUUUUAGACAUAGGGUAAAGUCUUUUGAUUAUUUCAUAAAUAGUAAGUAAGUAUUGUGUUUUUGUAUCAAUGGUAAAUAUACCAAGAAAAAAACUAAACUUCAAGAAAGAAAAUGGGAGUGUUCCAUUUCUGAGCACUUUUGAUAUGGUUUUGUAUGGGCAUAUCAAGGGUAUAAAUUCAUGGUAAGUGUCAUUGAUUAGUCCAGGAGCUAUGAAUAACCGGUUGCAUGAAUGGGUAAAUAGCCAUAUAAUCUUAGCUUGCUAUUCACACAUUGCUUCCACUCAAAGAGCUCAAACAUGAGUCAUCAUCAUGCUAAAACAACAUGCAUAUAAAUUUGUUAUAGUGUAAGGUUAGCUGGAAUGGACUGACACUGCACCCCAGAUGAGACAUUGACUCAUCAGAACUUGGACAACCAAAUAUCCAAGAAGUAAUCUGACAUCAGAUAUUAACUAUCUUGCAGAUGGCAGAAAUUCGUCAGUUGCUUAACAUAAUUGAACAACUUGAAAAGAAGCUUGGAUUAGAAGCUGGGCAUUCCAUGAGACUUAGACUGGAAAAGGACAACUUAAAUGACUUGUUAAAAAAAUCCACAACAUUUGAUACUUGGGACAGAAUGAUGUCAAGUGGAAAGAGUGAGCAGGCAACCCCUCCAGGAACUCCUGUAUGUAUCUCUUGUUCCUUUACUUUUUCCUUUUUCCUUUUUAUGUUUUUGAAGGCUAUUUAUUUAUUGGCCCCAAACCCAUUAACUAGUUUUUGUUCAAGAAAUGGUUAAAUUUCUCUGAAAAUGGAUCUAACAGGUACAGCUGGAACAUUUGAUGCAGUUUUGUGUCAUGAAAUAUAAGUGUUAACAAUCAAAAUUAUGUAUGAUAAAAAAAUCUGGGCACAAGUUAGUUAUUCACAACAAGCCUGUCCUUCAAUAUACUCAAGAAUCAUUAAGCAAGCUUCAUCAAAUUUCUAUGUUUGUCAGUGAAUUUUACAUUUAUCUUUUGUCUUGAAAGUUUUAAGAGACAGACAUGGUUCAGUUAUUUUUACCUGACUUGGAAUGCGUGACUCCCGUGCAUUAAUUUUACCAAUGAGUGAAAUUGAGGGAGGUUUUCCUGCAGUCUGGACAGUGUCAUUGAUUAAAUUCAUAUAUAAAUAAAACAUGAACUUUAGAGAAUUGUUUGUUCAAGAAAGGAAACCACAAAAUUUCAUCAUUAAUUCAUUUAAUAUAUGCAAACGAAAAGCAUUUGCUUGGAGCUAUCUGGAGUGACUGUAAAUGUUAUCUGACGAUAUUUAUAAUUGUGGUAACAGAAGUCUUAAAAAAUGGUACAGAAUAUCCUAGAUUUUUUUAAUUAGAACACUCUGUUGUUUGUCAAAAAAAUAUCAAAUGUGUAUAGCUGAAGCCUUUCUAUUGACUCACAAAUUGAAAUGUUAAUGUUAACUUGCAUGCUCACCCUACACCACUUAUAAAUUUAUCCUUAGGAUUCUAAAGGCAGCAGUCAAGAAUUUAGAAUGCUGCAAAGAAAGAAUGUGGAACUUAGUUCUUUGGUUCGCAAACUGGAUGAAAAAAAUCAACAACUGGCUACUAGAAAUGCUGAAUUGGUAAGUUUUAAACACCAGUCAAAUUAUGACUUGUCAUGUGUGAACAACCUGCUUCUAGAUCUGUCAACAUCUAUUCUUUCUAGAUUCUGAACUUUUCCUCCAUAGAAAAAUGGCUCACUAUGCUAAUUAAAUAGUAUAUAGUAAAUCUGAAGAAUUAUUGUAAGUUAGUGAGUACACAUACAUUUGUUAGCUUCUUCAUAUUAUAAAACAUUAACAAAACAGUACAAGAAUUAUAAUAAGGUUUGAUAAAGAGUAAGACAUAAAUUGACUUUCUGUAGUUACAAGAUUGACUCACAUCAAUGUUAUAAAAUAUUGUUAUCCCAAGGAAAUUGCUUACUAUAGAAUAUAAUUUAUUUGGUUGCAUUCUAUUUAUUUUUGCAAUAGAGGUAUUAGGAUUCAUGUUUCAAAUACAUGUAAUUCUUGGGAUUAUGAUUUUUUUAGGAAUGUACCAAAGGAAAUAAUAACAUUACUGUGUAAUAAGAUGCUCUGACAUGAAGAGAUCAGCCAAUUAUGGUUGAAAUCCAAACCAUUUUUGAGUUAAUUUUUGAGAUCUUUUUAAAUUCACAUAGUGUGCCACAAGAGAGGCUAGAUAUAAUUGACUUUGUCUAAAUUUGCAAAUGAUGUGAUGGUGUCCUUCUUGGAGACAAAUCAAGAUCUAUAGCUCACAAUAUGCUUGAUGCCAAAUACUAUCAAAUAAUAUUUGAUAUUAAAAGGAUUAAAUGUUAUGCCAAACUUAAUUUUCAGAAUAGGGUUCCUGAUAGAACAGAUUCUUUUAGUGUAAUAUUUAAUUGACUAUAACUUGACAAAAUGAAGGGCUUGUCCAAGGUGGUGCUCUCACUGUAUUUUCCAAAGGAGCCAUUAGCAUUCAGCUGGUAUUUAUCUGGCAACUACAAAUAUAAAACCACUGAACCAAACUACUAAAGCCAAAUUAUCUUUUUAUACCCUCCUCCUCCUCCCCCCCAAUCAACCAAUGCAGCACCACAGUUUCUUUGUAUCCUUACAACUUCUAUUACAAUUAACAUGAUCACCUAGAACUCACUGAUCCAAAUGCUGGAAGCAAGCAUUAAUCAUUAAUUGCUUAAUUGUGUGAGAUAACAUGAUCAGCUAAUUUUGGUUUGAUGACCCCAGUAACAGAACUGCUUGGCACAGUUAAGUUUCUCACACAAGAUGUCAAGAAUUUCUUGAUAUAAUUUAGUAAGAUUUACAAACAGUUAUCAAAAGGUAAUUAAAUAUUUUCUCAAUGAAGGUACAGUAGUCUUCUAAAUAUGAAUUUAUCACUGCUUAAUAUCUGUACGUUGUUAGCUGGCUGAGUUGGAGAAACUUGAAAAGGACAAUCGAGAAAAAAACAGAAAGCUUGAAAGGAAGAAUACAGAUUUAGCACAAACAAACAAGAGGCUUGAAAGUCGGAACAAACUGUUACUCGAUGAAGUUAACUCUUGGGUAAGUUGUUUAUAUCAAGAGUGAAAUACAGUUUAUGUUCCAUUUGCUCAGUUGAAAGGUGAAUCAAUUAAAUUCAAAUAUAUGUGACAUAAAUUCACUUUUACUUAUCAAAAUAAUAGUCUAUUAACUCCUCAGAACUGAUUUUUAAUUGUCCCUUCUAGCUGCUACACAUUUCUUUGUAAAUUAGUUGUUAGAAUUUGGUGUUAGAACAAGAUAAAAACUUCUACCUGACAAGUUUGAGCAUUCUUAUUACCUGUCUAUUGAUAAUGUAAGGAUAUUUUAAGGAGAAGUUUCAUGUUAGUCACUUGUGGGAGUUAAAAGAAAGCUUACUUAGUGACAAGUUCAGUGGUAAUUUAAGGAAUCAUUGACAGAAUUAGUAUCAUUUAUGCUGCAUUGUUGUGGUGAGUAGAGAAGUAUAACCAAGUUCUAAUGGGUCACUAUUUAUAGUCUCGAAAGUUUGUAUACUUUAGCAAUAUAUUAUUUUUUAUGACCCUUUCAUUAUGUGUCAUUUGACUUGAAAACCUGAUUCUUUUCUUAUUCAUUAUCAUGCCACAGAAAAAGACUUUAACAAAAAAGAAGGAGAAUACUGUAAAACGAAGGGGGCCAGCAAAUAAAGAGGUAAAUGAGGCUUUAAUGUGCAUGCAUUACUUAUACACACUGCAGUCACUGUGGUACUAUGUUUCCAGUACAAAAAUAACUUUUAGUCUGAGAUAUACAUGUAGACAUUUUAACCAUGUGAAGGUUAAACAUUAUGCAUUUAUAAAAUUGGUAAUGGGAACUGGCGUCUACAUUAGACAACUGUGUAUAAUACUAUGGCAAAAAUGAAAAUGUUAAAACAUCAUUUGCAUGUUCUCAGAGAUGUGGGAUGAGUGUGGCAAAGGGCUCAUACAUAACACAUGAUUAAGGCCAAGAUUAUUAUUUGAUGUGUGAAUUUUGCCUGACCCAUUAAUAUUUUUUUUCAUUUACUUUUCCCUGAAAUCUUGUACGAAAGUAGCAAGAUUUGAAGUUUUCCCUUUUAUAUGCAUGAUGCAUGAAGUUUGGGAACUUUUAACGCAUAUAAAGCAAAUUCAGUUUUUGCAUUGUGUAGUGCUAACAGAGUUGACAGUAUUACCCACUUGUAAUUACAUGUGCCAAUGACUUGACAAGAGCAAGAAGCUGACAAAGCAGCAAAAUGAGUGCGCAUGAUAUAGUAACACAUGAUAAGUGAUAUGUAUGCAGAGGAAUGGGAACAGCAACAUAGUGUUACUGUAACACUAUAAGGCAAAAUGGCAGCAUGUUUAAAAAUUCCCUUGAUUGUUUGUUUUCAUUUUGCGGGGAUAAGCUUAAACCUAAACAGAUAAGGUUGCCGUUUUCAAGAGAGUUUCCGAGGAACCUCCUCCAUCACAUAUCUCACUCAUCAAAAAAAGAUCUUGCAGUUACAGGUGCAAAUUUAGCAACUUAAGUAGAACAUCCAUAACAUGGCUAUAAAGUUUGCGGCACCUGUUAUCCCUUUAGCGCUUCUUGACGUCUUGCCUCUUUAUUGGGCAAAACCCCUAGAGAAAAAAAUUUCUUUUUCUUGGCAGAAAAACCAGCAUCAGUUUGUUUACAGAGGAAGAAUAGUAGCCCUGAAGACUCAAAUGGCUCAAGUAGCAGGGCAUGCAGUGUACUCAUUUUGCUGCUGUGUGUAAGCAGCCCAUAUGCAUCUUGCAUAACAAACAGUUUCAUUCAGGAAAAAUAAGAUCUAACUUGAGUUUACUUUCUAAUGGAUGAAAACAACUUGUGCAGAUAGAGGUACAUCUGAUACAUCAAUAAUUACAAUUGGUAUUUCCAUCAAAAGGAUGAGCUUGGUGAGUUAAAGGCCCAAGUAAGAGAGCAGACAAGAACUAUUGCAGACCUGAAGCAAAGCAUGAUGGAAAAAGACCGAAGGAUUGAGCUCCUAAGAGGCAGAAAGAAAAAAAGCAAGCAGCAACCAGUAAGUCUAUCAUAAGAAAUCAAACAGGUUGUACACAUUAAGCUGUUAGGUUUAUGAAACUUCAGGUAAAAUGGUGACCAUUGCACUCAACAAGUCAAUUCUUUUCAGGUUAGCCUCAUGUCACAACCCACAGAUCUUUUCCCAGUGACUGAUGACGAUGCCUUAUCAGUUCAUUCUGACUUUAGUGAAGCUUCAGAAAUGGUUAGUGCAGAAAUAGUUUUUUUUUUCCUGAAUUAAAUGUCUCCCUGUACUUGUCAUUUUCAGUAACUUGUUAUCCAUAAUUAUUUUUCUCGCAAUUGUUUUAAUUGUACUGUUGACAAAUUUAAUAAGGCAAUGUAAAUAUUAUUCCUACUGGGCAAUAAGGUGUGAAAUGACAAUAUAACAUUGGGUGAUUUACAUAAAAAUAACUGUUGGACAGAACUCAAAUGUUUUAACGUAUUGAUAGCAGACCAAGGUAAUGCAUGUGUGCUAUUAUCAUUUUGAUAAUUGUGUUUUUUACAACUUAAUUCCUCAAGUAUCUGUGUGCUGGUUCAGGGUUGAAUACCUGUCAAGAAAACAAUUUUCUAGCACAAGACAAAACAUUCCUUUGUCUCUAAAACAUAUCUGUAAAGUCGAACCUAACCAAUAUAUGUAAUUAUGUUAUUACUUGUACUAGUAAUAAGGUGCUCUGUAAAAAUAAUUUAUUUUGAAAAUAUCAAGCAAAAGAGAAUCUUAAAAUAUUAGUUGAGUUAUGGUUAUUUUCCACAUUCUGUGCCUAUAACACCUACACACAUGCUCACACAUGUAAGACAUAUCUACAUUUGUUUCUUGUCAAUCCAUCCAAUGAAUUUAAUGCAAUUCCAUUUGAUUUUUCGCAGCUGUUAUGACAUUGUAAGUGAGUUUCACAGUACCAAACAAAAUUUAUAGAAGAGUAGCUCUCUUAAUUUUGUUUUGAUUGUAGAUCAUUUGAAGUAUUAUGCAAUUAUACAAUUUUUAUCAAUCCUAAAACCUUCAUAUGGAUCAGAAAACUGCAUCAUAUGGCUCAAAUCAUACCCAUAUUUAAGUUAUGAACUUAAAGGGCUUUGUUUGGUAUAGACCUUUCUCAGUUCAAUACCAUUAUGCAACUUGUACUUUUUAUUGAAGUAAGUGAUCUUGAGGUGGCAUUUUUUCCUGAGUUCCUAGUUAACUGCUUUUAAAUACAAAAUAAAAUGAUUAAUAUUUUUCUCAAUUGUUUUCAGUCAUCUAGUGAAGAUGUUGACAGCAAAAGAAUAAAAAAGCUUGCAAAAGAGCUUCUAGCUUUAGAGCGAGCUUAUGCCCUUCUCCAAGCUCAAGUAAGCAGUGCAGUGGAUGUUGAAAGAGAUGAGAUGGUAUGUUCAUUUGGUUCAGGUAUCACAUUUUACACUUUUUUAAGUAUGGCUCCUCAUUAUAAUAGAACAAUAUUAAUGUUUCAAAGUCUCUUAUUUUUUUGAAAACUUCCCUUUUUUUGCAUGAUUGUAAAACUUAUAAGCUAUACUUGGCUUUGAAGCCCUUCUGCAAUACUCCAUAAUCUUAGUAGUGAAGUAAAUUUAAAACUCUGUAGCUGUAAUUAUCAUAACCAGACAGAUCCCAAAGAUAUGUUUAACAUUAUCAAUAUUUAAGAUUUCAAGUAUCUCCAACCAAAACAGUGUUCGUUUUUUAUACAGGCAAAACAGCAGCUCCAGUCAGACUUGCUUGAAAGUCAAACAAGAAUUCAUGAACUUGAGAGAAUGAUAGACAGUGGACAGGUAAAGUACCAUGCUUUCUGAUUGUGAUAUGUGUAUAAUGGAGUGCUGUUGCUCGACCUUAAACACAGUUUUGUGUGAAGACACUAGUGACAUGUCCGUUGGAGAUCAGGGCCAGGUUGUUUUAAGCUGAAGAUAACCCAGUGUUCGUGUGAAAUUUGAUUUUAAAAAAAUUUUUGAGUUCAAUUUUUUUGUCAACAAUUUGAUUUUUGGAUGCUCUAAAAAGAAUAGAGAAAAUUACCCGAAAAAAGACUCUUGAAUAGAGAAAUAAAGUAACCUGGAUUAAAAUUUGACCCUGGCUUGGCGCUAAUCGGCCUUCGAACAACUGGGCCCACGUUGUUGCAGCACAACAACUUUUUUAACAGGUAGCAGAUUACGUUGUAUGACAAUAAUAAUGAUAGUUAUCGUUUUUUAUGUAACAGCAAGGCUUUAUAUAAUCAAGGGUAGUAGUUACAUAGAUUUUGUCAUAUUCAUCUACAUUAGAAUUUGUUUAUAGGGUUCUGGAUUACAAGAAAUAUCCAAUCUUCAAGAAGAUAACAAGGCUUUGUAUCAAAAGGUAUCGUUAGUCAACUUUACAUCAGUAUUUUUGUGGUACCUGGAUUUAUUUUGUUGUUGUUGAUAUAAAUGUUCUUGACUAGCCGACAUCACGCGACAUGUACGAUCUUUCGACAAAUUAAACAAUAUUUCUAUUGAACACAUUCCUGACUUAGUUCUUUUGUCCUAUGUUAUAGCUGGUGGCAGCAGAACAAGCCCGAGAUAAGGCACAAAGUGAGCUGGAUAAAUACUCCGAGGUAAUUAAAAGGACGUUAAUUACAGCCUCAAUUCAGCUCUCGUGUUUGUCUUGAAUCUCAGUGUUAUUGCAUAUAUAUUGUUUUGUUAUUUCCAAGACUUAGAAUGUGCUAAAUACUUUGUGUAUAUCCAGGACAUGCGAGAGUUACAGGAUCAAAGAGAUCUGCUGGAAUUCGAACUGGAAGAAAUGUCGCAGUUAUCUGUAAGAUUUUAAAUAUGAAGUCUUGUAUAUUACUAAACUAAGAAGUGCUUCUUAAAUGAAACGAGAGUCAGAAAGACCUAAGCUUUGUGCUAGAAUUUGCUUGCUAAUAGCGAUGCUGAAUAUUUUUUCUUCUCGGGGUGUCAUCCUGGUUUUCUGAUCAUUUCUUAAGUUUAAGAAAACUUGAAAGAUAGGAAGCAAAUAUAAGAAAUGCACUCUAUUACAAAAAACUUGCCUUGGUUUUGUUUUUACAAUGUUUCGGUGGCGAUUGACUAAAAUUACAGAAAGAAAGAAGAGUUUUGUGGUACGAUAAGUGGAGGUUUUUGGGAGGAAACGUCUGUAAAAAUGACUGUGCAGGAAGAGAGACUUUAGGUAUGAUUUACCACUCUAACAACUUUUUAGACUGCAGGGUCAGAGGACUGGGAUUCAAGAAAAUCCAGAAAUGGCCUUGAGUCAUUUUCAUCGCCAAGAAUGCUGGUCAGUCAUUUUGGACAUCUUCAUGUUCAUCUAACAGCGUAGUGUUCCCAUACUCAGUUACAAAAUUUGCAUUCAGCUAUAAAUUUAGAGAGUUUGUUAUUGUUUUCUGUCACUUACUGAUCUGAUUUUCCUUGACGUAGAGUAAUGAUGCUGCUGUUCUUACGUUGGAGGACAUUAAAGCCCUUCUUGAGGAACUGGGAUCGGAAAAGGUAUAUUCGAGCCAAAGAAUUACGGUUAGAUCGCAGAACGGCUAGAUCGCUCCAGCCUAAAGUUAGAUCGCUCCACUCGAAAGCUAGAUCGCUCCAUCAAAUAAGUGACUUCGCUCCCAACAUAACUUACUUCGCUCCAUGUAGAAAACUAAGGUAAAGGUAGCAAAACUAAGGUAUCUAAAUUGAUAGUCCAUUAAAUGACGUGCAUAUCUUACCUAACAAUCGAUUAAUAUCGCUCGCGCGCGCUUGAAAUAAGUCCGAGCUACGCAGAGAGAACAAUUAAAGCCUCAUGUAAGGGACUCACGAAGUGUAAUCUACUUUAUUAAUUAAUGAUGGCGGAUAUCAGUUUCCUGACAUCAAACAACAAAAAAGGCCACACUGGACAGCAUUGGUAUUUGAAUGAUCUUUUUCAAUACACUUCAGACUAUAACAUCAUAAUUUAUUCCAUGAUCAUUUAUUCCAUCAUUGAUAUACAAACAUACAUCGGUAGCUCGGUGGCUAAUCUGAAGGACAGAGCGAGGACGAUGUACUCGAAUUAUCGCAAGACACAUCAUCACCUAUAAAUUUUUAAGAUCAUUGGUAAGAAAUACCUCACAUUUCAACAUGGAGCGAAGUGACGUAUUUGAUGGAGCGAUCUAGCUUUCGAGUGGAGCGAUCUAACUUUUGGUUAGAGCCAUCUAACUGGGAGCGAUCUAACCGAAUACCGAGCCAAACGUGAGCUGGUAUCCAUUGUGAAUAUCGCAACUGCUCGAGACAUACAUUAGAAGGCAAUCAACUAUGUAUAUUUGUUGGCUUUCGUUGCUUAAUUUUGUGACACCUUCUUGUAAAUAAUUGCAUCGCAACUUUUCAAACCAUACCAAAAUUACAACUUUUUGGCCGCAUACUAAGUGUAAAAGCUAUAGUGAAAUUUAUCGUGACACUACGAACAGGUUUCAUCCAAAAAAUUGCACUUAAAGUAACUUCAGUGUGCCAAUAGAUAUUUAUUUGUUGGUAUGGCCUUCUUUUGCCUGGACUCGUUUAUAUUUUGGAUCAGCACUUUUACUGACUACACGUGCAACUGUACUUGGCUGAUGAAUUGGAUUAUUUUUAGGAAGAUGUUUUGUCCCCAGUACAAAAAAGUGCUCUUAAACAAGCCAGAAUCAUGCUGGAAUCAAUGGAUGAGGUAUGAAUUUUCUCUCGCCUACUCUUUUCCUCUUCCACAAAGGUAUCGACGAACUACAAGGCAAUAGGAAUAACUUGGAAAAUUCACUCUUAGCUUUAAGGUGCUCACAAUCCUGAAUAUAAAGCUGCUAUAAUGCGUGUUUCAUCUUCUAUGAAUUAGAAAAUCCAUCACAUGGAGAUUACUGAGAUGGCAUUGAGAGACAAAGUCCGGGACUUGGACUUGGGUGUAAGUUUAUUACGUCUUUUUUUUCUCCAUAAAAAAUAAGAGUUACAAUUGUAUCUUUUUUUUCUGCGUCUUGGCAAUACAUUCGAUUUGGUCCGGUUGUUUGGCUUCCUCGCCAUUUUCAGUCCAGUUACGAAUGUGCAGAAUAUGUUAACAUAAGAAAAUUUGAAACAAUUUUGGUGCCUUUAAGUUUAGUGUUAGGCUUAUGUCUGUGCAUCGAUUACGAAGCACGAAAUUUUAUGGUAACAAGAGUCCGCCAUCACUUCCGGCAAUUCUUCUUUUCGAUAAAACCUGGCUCCAGAAACUGCAAAACUCCAUGAAAAAUUUCCUUUCUGAUUUUUGAUUUACACACAAAAAAAAACGAAAAAUAUGAUGCCGUUUUUGCCGUUUUUCUCGCCUUUAUGAAAACAAGUACCUUUUUUCGGUUGUGGUGGAGUAUUUUAAGCAUUCCUCUCUGGUGCUGCUGAAGUCAAUUUUCUCAAGUUUCUUCCGCUCCUUGAUCAGUAAGCUAUCAUUUUUGACAUUUUUUGUGAUAUAUUUAGUACAACAGUGAGUCCUUGAAGUCUGACCUUGAUGAAACCAGAAGCCUUUCAUUACUCACCUGUGAUCGUGAGACACUUGCAGACUUGCAGUGGACUAAGGUGGAUAACAUUGAACUCUACCAAGAGCAACGAAUGGAAGCAAUGAAAUAUCUAAAGCACGCAAGAGUAGUAACAGAAGACACGUGUUGUAUGACAGAUUUGACCGGGGAUGAUUUAGUUAGUCUUGAAAGCAUAAGCAGGAAUUACCCUCACGACUUUCCAGAUAGAGGAGAGACAAGUGGAAAGAGUGAUAAAGAUUGCAUGACGGAUCUUGCAUGGUGGGAGUUAGGAGAAAUGGGAGAAACCUAUGUUCGUUCAUUCGCACAUGGAAAAUGUAAAGGUGAGGUAGAAACUGUAGAUAAUGAAACAAUGACAGACAUAAAUUGCCAAGAUCUUGAGGAAUUAGAAAGUAAGAAACAAGAAACAACGGCAGGUAGAUCGAGUCGGGAGGAUAGUGACACAAUGGCGGAAAUAAGUUGGGAAGAACUAGAUCAACAGGAAAACGAAAAAUCUAAUUCUUCUUUACCAAGAGGGGUUAGCGAGAGCAACAUGGACAUGGGAAGUCAUGGACAUGAAGUAGGAAUUGUUACCGACCUCAGUUUGGCAGAACUUGCCCUCAUGGAAAUUAAAUACUUAGAAUGUAUCGAAAACCUUCACGAGGUCAAAUCAGGUGUAGUUACGGAGAAGGACGAGAUGACUGGGUUUUCAUCCGUUGAAUGGGUGGAAACUUUACCUGAAAUUGUGCUGGACACAUUUCCAGAAGAUCUCGCUUGCACAAAAGAUCAGUGCGAGAUGACAGAGUUGAAAUGCGAUGACAUAGAAAAGUUGAGUAACAAGUGUAUUGACUAUAAACAUAGUCUUGAAGAACUGGAAAAGAGGAUUGCUCUUUUUGACGUUGAGAAAAAAGAGGAGAGUUGUUCCACAGAGUUCACGUGGAAUGAUAUUGAUAGCUUACAAGAAAAAUGUUACAGUUAUAAGUGUAUUAUCAGUGAACUUGAAGACAAAAUCUCCCUUUUUGAAGUCGAAAAGAAAGAUAAAAGUAGUUCCACAGAGCUUUCUUUGCAAGAUCUCGUAAACGCCAGAUUCAGUGUCGAUACAAAAGAAGUUGAAACUAUAACAGAUGAAAAAGAUUUUUUGGACAACGAAGAUUUACCAGAGAUCGUAUUCGAGACCUAUCCAGAGGCGGAGACUAAAGGUGAGUGUGAUACAACUCACGGAGUGUGGGAUGAAGUUGUAGACCUUAAGAACACUUACAGAGAUUACAGGGAGAACUUGGAAGAUAUGAAAAACAAACUUGCUCAGUUUCAAGUGGAGAAAGAUGACAAAGAGAGCAUAACUGAUAUAGCCAUGCAAGAUCUUGCUGAUCUGGAAAGUUUGUACAAGGAACAUUUGCAUGAUGUGGAUUCAGAUUCGAAUUCCAUAUUAAGUCAUGCUGAAAAAGAGUCGCGGCAAUGCAUGACAGAACUGACGUUUGUCGAGCUUUCGGAGCUUGAGGAUUUUUACAUUGAGAAUGCUGCUCGUCAGGAGGAAAGUCUACCGAUGGUAGAAAAAUGGGAGCAAGAGAGCAUGACAGACAUUACACAUGACGUCCUUCAGUACCUUGAGGAAGUAGAAAAGCUUUACAGACAAAAGACGAGAGCUGGUGCAGACGAAGAGGUAAGAAAAGAAGAGAAAUACACUGCGACAGAUCUGACAGUUUCGAUUCUCGACCAUUUGUUAGAAGGGGCAAAUGGUCUCAUGGAGUUCAGUACAGAGAAAAUGGACAAGAUGACCUCGACAGACGUAACCAUUCCCGUCCUCGAGCCUCUACAUCAAACUGAAAAACUUCACCAGAAGUAUCCCAAAGUAGACAAGUGUGUAGCUACAGAGCUAACUUCUGAUGGUAUAGAAUAUUGGGAGCAAGAAGAGAAAUUACACAGGGAACGUUUAAAUGGUAGGGAAGAAAACAAAACAAUCGCUGACAUGGGAAUCGAGCAGAGAUAUGAUAUGGAGAUUAGUAGUUUGCGAGGAAAAAGCGAAGAACUUGAGAAUGAAAAGAAUUCAGUGGAAAGGUUAACUGUGGAGACAAUGACAUAUCUUACCUUCUCGGAUCUUAAGUGCUAUGAAAACGUUGAUGCAGUUAAUGAUGUGUGCUUUGCUGAGAAGCACAGUGUUGAAACCAUGACUGAUUUCACUCUGUCGGACCUAAAAUACUUGGAGGCUGUGAAAGGGCCAAGAAAUGAAUGUACUCCUGAUAGAAAUGCGGAACCACAGGCCAACCGAUAUGGAGCCAAAAGUGUCCACAGUUUGACUGCUUCGUAUCCACAGCUACUGGAAGGUGUUGAAGCCGCUCAUAAGGUAUGCCUUGUUGAUGGGGAGGACAAAUUAUAUUUGAGAAUGGGAGACAAAGAAAGUGUGGGAGUAAUGACAGAUUUAACUGCGUCCGAUUUGAAAUACUUAAAAGAUGUUGAAGCCGCUCAUGAGGCAUGUCUUGUUCAUAAGCAAGAAGAAUUAGAUGCCAGAAUUGUGGACAAAGAAAGCGUGGAAGUAAUGACAGACCUAACUGCAUCUGAUUUGAACUACUUGGAAGAUGUUGAAGCAGCGCAUGAGGAAUGCCUUGCUGAUAAGCACGAAGAAUUAGACAUCAGAACUGUGGACAAAGAAAGCGUUGAAGUAAUGACAGACUUGACUUCAUCUGAUUUGAACUACUUGGAAGAUGUUGAAGCUGCUCAUGAAGAAUGUCUUGCUGAUAAACACGAAGAAUUAGACGUCAAAAUUGUGGAGAAAGAAAGCGUGGAAGUAAUGACAGACUUAACUGCAUCUGAUUUGAACUACUUGGAAGAUGUUGAAGCAGCUCAUGAGGAAUCCCUUGCUGAUAAACAGGAAGAUUUAGAUAUCAGAAUUGUGGACAAGGAAAGCGUGGAAGUAAUGACAGACCUAACUGCAUCCGAUUUGAACUACUUGGAAGAUGUUAAAGCAGCUCAGGAGGAAUCCCUUGCUGAUAAACACGAAGAAUUAGACAUCAGAACUGUGGACAAAGAAAGCGUUGAAGUAAUGACAGACUUGACUUCAUCUGAUUUGACCUACUUGGAAGAUGUUGAAGCAGCUCAUGAGGAAUGCCUUGCUGAUAAACAGGAAGAUUUAGAUAUCAGAAUUGUGGACAAGGAAAGCGUGGAAGUAAUGACAGACUUAACUGCGUCCGAUUUGAACUACUUGGAAGAUGUUAAAGCAGCUCAUGAGGAAUCCCUUGCUGAUAAACACGAAGAAUUACACGUCAGAAUUGUAGACAAAGAAAGCGUUGAAGUAAUGACAGACUUAACUGCAUCCGAUUUGAACUACUUGGAAGAUGUUAAAGCAGCUCAGGAGGAAUCCCUUGCUGAUAAACACGACGGGCUUGAAGCUGCUACAGUGAAGAAAGAAAACGCAAAUAUUAUGACAGACUUAUCGGUUUUGGAUCUACAACGUCUGGAGGAUGUUGACUCUGCACACAUGCAAUGCUUGUUUUACAUAGACAGAAAAGAACAUAGGAGUGACCCUCCGCAUACGAAGUUUCAAGUUCGCGGAAAACUGGAAUCAGCUCCCACUGAAAACGAGGAAAGUAAAGCACCGAAGCGGAGACGGCGUUCAAGGUCUACCUCAGUGUCUGUUCAUAUGCAGAAUAAGCACACCAUGACCGAGUUGACAGCCAACAUUCUCGAGUAUUUUGAAGAUAUAGAAGUUCUUUACAAGAAAACGUUGGUGGAAUACGACGACUUUAGAAAGUUACAUUCUGUGGAGAAGGUUGAGAAGGACUCUAUGACAGUUAUCACAACUGAAGAUUUGAAAUAUUUGAAAGACGAAAGUAGUAUACGUCAAGAAACGGAAGAGAAGGAGGUCAUGACUGAACUAGCGAUUGACGAUUUGGAUUAUUUAAUGGGUGUAGAGAGUUCUUACAAUAAUCACGAGCUUGAUAGAAGAUCUGAGGACAUGAAUAGCGAGAGGAAUGCAGAGACCAUGACAAGUGUGACUUUGGCCUCCAUGGAGUGUAUGGAGGACGAGUAUGAGAUACUACAGCGGGAGCAACCACAGGAAAAAGACCCCUCUUGGGUUAGAAUUGAACAAGAAGACAGCUCAUCUGAACUACAGUACCUGGAAGAAGUAGAACUUUCUUGCAAAGAGGAUUCUUUUGGGGCUGCAGAACUCGCUAGUUCAGAAGAUGCAGGGGUAAUGACGGACCUCACAACUGCCGAUUUGGAAUACUUAGAGGAAGCGGAAAAUCUUUUGAAAAGUAUUAAUGACAAUGGUAGUGAACUAUCAGGAAUGCUUGCACCCAAGGAGGACAAAGAAGUCAUGACAAAAUUGACAAAUUCUGAUAUUGACCACCUUCACACGUUGGGAGAGUUCCAUAUUGAUGGUACAAUGGCACUUUCAAGUGAUGGUGAAGUCGAGAAAGAUGAUAAGGGUACAGAAACGGAACUCACAGUAGCAGAUAUCCGAGAUCUCGAAGAUCAAGCGGGCAGUGGGUCUGAAAAGAGAGCUACGCCUUCGUUUCAUGAAUUUGUUCAUGACAAUUUCCAAGCUGAAACGCUCGUGAAUUUGCAAUCAGAGUUAGAUUAUCUACCUGUUUUGGACGAGCCUGAAUUUAUCAUGGACGAGGACGAAGACUUAGAUAUCGAGGAGAAUCAGUGUCGAGAUGCUUGUGUCAUGACCGAGCUAACAUUUUCUGAUUUGCAACAGUUUGGGAUAUAUGACACCUGUGAUGGUGUUGGUUUAAUUCACUCACGUCGAGAACAGACUGAUAUUGGUAUACAAUGUACCCUGGAGGAUUUAAGUUCGCUUUUGGAGGAGCUUAACAAGGAAGCAGAAGAGAAAGGGGCCGAUGUUCCUUCGUGGUUUGUGACAGCCUUAAAGAUGAGACAACCAGGAGGUUUGUGUUCUGUUUGUGUACCCAUUCAAGUUCAUGCAUGCAGCUGAUUCUACUGACUUUUCAUGGAAGGAGCAUGGCCCGGUAGCAGGGCAAUACUGAUCUGCCACAAUCAAAGAUCAGCAUGUUUAAAGUGAUCCAACUUAUUACGUAAAUACCUUUCUAACAAAAAUGACAUCAUUUUCCCACGCAUGAAUUUACCUUGGUUUUAACGUGCAUGUAAAUAACUUCCCGGUAUGGAUGAACGUCGCAUAAAAUACAAUUAACAUUCAAGGAUACGUCAUGGUAUUGUUGGACGUCAAGUAUUGUAAAGUAGACGUGAAAUUGCAAAGUAAACGCCAGGCAUUGUUUGAUAAAGGAUAAUUUUGAAAUAAGCGUUUGAUGUUAACGGUCUGAAAAGUGAAUAUGAACUCAGUGUGUUAAGCUUAGAGGGGUGUAAUUGCCGUAAUGGCCACUGAUUUUACUUUCAAGUUUAAAAGUUUAUUUAUAAACGUUGCAGCGAUUACGUAUUAAAAGCCAGCGGUUACUGAUAGUGCUUAUGAUACUAAGUUCCUUCUAAACCUUGAUUUUUGGAUAUAUAACAAGAACUCAUGAACAUACACAGUAAUAGAUAACUGUACACAUGCUGAUCGCUGCUACAGAAAUCGAGGUAGUCCAAAUAUAGAGCUAAUCCAUUGAAUAAAUAUAGACAACUUUAAUUCACUAAAUAAAUAGUUACAUGUGCUGUACAUUUAUAAAAAUACCGUGACUCGCAUCCUGGGGCCACGAGUGGUUUAAGCUUUUCUUAGUUAGAGGAAAUCAUUCAUUUAAGCGAUAUUUCUGUCCUUGCUGCCUGCUUGUGCUUUAAGUAACUUAAUCAAAGUACUAAAUGCACUUUCAGCGUUUUACUGUCUUAACUUUAUUGCACAAGGUAGCUUUUGAAUUUUAGGGGUAUAAAUUUCAAAUAUCGAAAGCCAUAAACACGUUUGUUUAAACCUGUAAUGAAAAUAUUAAUACAUAACGUAUUCUGUCUGGAAUGGAAUUGUCAAGCUUUUGACAAGAAUUUUUUAAUCUUGCAAAGCAAUCAAUUUGUCUCGCUUAUUCGCUUUCGAACAUUAUUUUCCGACAGGUUUCAAUCCCAUACAUCUUGUAGUGGGACAAACUGAUGAGAUAGAUGCAAUUCCAGCAGUCGAACUUCCGAACUCAGGAGUGACCCCCGAGCAUGUCCCAGAGAGGGCACAAAUGUCUAACAUCCCCAUCGACAUGGCACGCGUCUCUGACGGUUUACAUGAAUGCUUUUCGUCCAACAGUGAAACAAAUAUACUGCAUUCCGGUGCUUCUUUCAAAAACAUUGGUGUUCAAUGUGAUCCUGUGGAUGUCGACGCCAUGUUGUCAGAGUUUAGAGGAAUUCAUCCACGUGACGUGGACAUGCCAUUGUUCGUGUCUGCUAUUAACAUGGCCCGGCAAGAUACAGGUAACCUCUCCAUUUCCGAAAAAAAACAUAAGAAAUGCAAAUACAUCGAAUACCGUUCAAGUUAUUUCUCAAAGUUACGCAAUACUUUGGACCAAAAAAUGAUAUGGAAUGAAAGACAAAGGAGGAAUUAUGAAGAAGAAAUAAAAAACCAUCUUUGCACACGAUUAUAUCAGAUUGACGUGACAAAAUCAAGCGAGAGAUUGAGAGAUAGAGUCAGAAGUCUCAGACAUUUUUACUUACUAUUUAACCCUUUAACUCCUAGAUCAAAUUUGUAAUUCUCCUUUCUGUCAACCAUACAAUUCUUAUCAUGUCAGUUCAGGGAAUUUAGUAUUGAAUCAACUUAUUAUCUCCAAAUUAAUUUUCAUCACUUAUCUGGUUGAUAUUGUAUUAAUAUUGUAAGGAGAAAUUCUGUCUUGGUCACCCAUGGGAGUUAAAGGGUUAAGAAUCUUUGAUAACUUGACUUGUAUUGAAAGUCAGGCCGAUCUUAUCAAAGGACAUAAUAUGAGUCCCGUUCUAACGACAUCUUCUAUUUUAUAUACCAGUUCUCAGUUUCACUUUUUUGCAAAUGAGAUGUCUUGUCUAAAUUGCUUUUUCACUGUAAACCAAUUUGUUAUACGGAGUUCUCCAAUUUUUCUUAGGCUUUAAUCCAGUGGAAGUAGUUGUGAAGAAUCGCAGUGAUUCCAAUCCUGUACAAGAUGAAGUGGCUACCGAACCUAAUAACAGUUUCGCGGUAGAAUUCUCCCGACUGCCACCUCCUCCUGAAAAGGCCACUUUCACCAUCAGCUCACCGCCACCAGUCCAGUUUGCAGAAGACGAGCAGUCAGAAUUUCCCGAAGGUAUACAGUGUGUAAAUCGCAGACCUUUCCUCUUUAAUAACUUUGCGUUAAACUCACAGUGCGUCUAGUGUUAUAGCUACAGAGUGCUACGUCUUGAUGGGUGAAAAAGCCUUCUUGCUUACAGUCUCCUUCGCAGCUGUUGUUUGAUCUCCUCACGCAACGCGCUGUCUCCCCCACCGAACAACGGCUACAAAGGAGACUAUUUUAUUAUUCUAUUAUUUGCAGAAGGCUCUCCUCUGUCGGGAUUUUACUUGGUAUAUGUCGUCAGUCAAGAUGAGGUUUCAACAGGCUGUGUUUUGUGUAUUUUACCUCAUCAGUGUUUAGUUAGAAAUUCCCCAAAAACACCUGUACUCUCAAACGUGUGCAACUACAGGUUUGGCCUCGUUAACUUUUUGUCUCACCAAUUUGGGUACAAACGUUGGCAAACGGAUACGAUAUGAAAGCAUCAUGCAGCAACAAUGUUGUUUGUACCUGGUGGUGAAACAUGAAUGUCAUCCUUGAAAUCCCAGUGCGUAUGGCUAUUCAACGUUUUCGUUUGUUGUUUGCUUUCCUUUUUUUGUUGAUUUUCGUGCUUGUAAACCAGGCCUAUGUGUUUUCCGGUUCUCUUCUACACUGCCUGAGCCGAGCGUAUACAAUUUUCAUAAAAACUGGCAAGACCUGCAAAAGGUGCACUGUUUUUGUGAUCAUGGGUGGAAUCACAUCGUAAUUAUAGGUCAGACUCAGCUCUUCUCGUUUGACCGUCUCUAUCUUGCACGUGAGCAAACGUAUAGAAAUUGCUUAUGUUUGAAGGCUUGGAUAUUUUAAUAGCCUUAGUCCUACGGAUAAUUUUUUUUCUUGGGUGUGAUUGUUGCAAUAUUUUUCCACAGCGGAUAACCCUUUGUUAUCAUCUCAAAAUGGAAGUGACAGCGUUUUCAACCAAACAGACGAAGCAAUUAAUUCCACCCAGGAUGGCGAAGGCAGAGACGUGUUGACGGACAUGCCUCCUGACAGUAGUGCUGUGAACCGGUUUGACAAGUUUUUGAAGGAAAGAAAGGAUUCAGAGUUACUGAAUCUGAUGGCCAUAAGGCAGGGAAUAGAUGACAGCGAUGUAGAGGAUACAGGAGACAUCAAGGUUGGCUUUUUGAUUAUUGUUCUCACUGGUAUCACAUAGUAUACAAAUAUUACUUGAUAAUCCUUGUUUUCACGGUCGUAUUUGUUUGUGAAUCAACAGUAUCUUUCUUUCAGCGUAGGUUUAGCGAUGAUUUGUUUUCAGCUGUACGAACAACUGUGACGCUCCUAUGAUGGAAAAACUUCGAUUAUGCUCUCACACGAGUCCAAUUUUAUUCUUGGUACGAACUUAACAUGGGAAUACUCGCACCGCAAUUUCAAAAGUACGUCAGAAGUUUCUUGCAAAAUUUAACCAUGUACCAUUUCCCAAAUAUGCUCCCGUAAAUUUACGCCGAAAAACCUGGGUUGUGAGGGAAAAUGGCGUCAAAGACCAUAAAGUUAUAUUUUGAAGUUGUGAAACAAAGCAAAAAAUCUCAUUCUACAUACCAGUUAGCUAGAAUCUCUCGAUUUUGCUUUCUGGACGCGACUUAUGUGGAAUACUCUGAUAAUUAAUGGUGGACAGUUUAAACAAGGAAUAAUUGUUAAAUAUGUCAGAUUUGUUUUCGAAAAUGGGGUUCAAUAAUUGGCAAGUUGCUUUUUCACCAAAAAUAUUGGAUUUGCUUGAGAACAAGAGGAACACUUUUAUUUUUAAUGAAAUACUUUGGAGUAAAUUUCUUCAACAGAGAACCCUUAUAACCAUUAUAGCUGAAUCAUCACAAGUAAGCUCUCGGUCCCGAUGGUUGGGUCAAUCCUGAUCUAUGGAGUGUUGAUUUGAAACAGUGGGAAAUCCUUUAUGACAUGUUGGAAUCCACUGCUUUUUUCUUGUUGCAAUAGUUUGACAUUUGUAGAUGUGUUUAAAUUUGCAGAGCUUAAAAGAACUAGAAGAAGAAAACGAACUUCUCAGAAAACAUCUGUUAAUUUUGGAAAGCGGAAAGGUGAGUCAGUCAAUCAAAUAGUUAUUCAUUCGUUUAUUCGUUCAUUCCAUUUGUUUGUUCGUUCGUUUAUUUUUUUCUGUUCAUUCAUUCAAUUUUUUUGUACAUUAUCCAUUCAUUUAUUCUUUCAGUCAGUCAGUGUUUCCGUUCUGUUGGUCGGUUCGUCAGUAAGUCAGUCAGCCCUGACAAUUAAUCUGUCACUUGUUUGGUCCGUUUGUCAUUCUGCAGUUUGAUAGGUAUUCAGAAAGUCAGUUAAUUUGGUAGUCAGUCGGUUUAUUGAUCAAUGUAUAACCACUGUAACGAAAUGUUUUCAUACAUGGACCUGAGAUGCCUAUUUAGGGAGGUAAAUGAAGGCAUCAUUUAAAAACAUUGCUCCAACAGGGUACUGAAGACCUCGAGGAAGAAAACAGGAAUCUCUGGGAGAAACUGAAAGAGGUACAGGAAUCAACUUUAGGUCACACUUUUACGCGUUCAGUUACUCUGCCAGUCAUUAAAUGGUCUAUAGAAUGUCUUGAUUAUUUCUCUAUUGAAAAUAUUAGGUUUGCCACUCAACGACAUACAUGAAUAACACGAGUAUGAGAAAAACACAUGCCUCUAAACCAACUAAAACUUUGAGCGUGGUAUAGUUGGUUAAAAAGGAAACCAACUUUGUUGUUAGUUAAUCUUAUCUUUAACAGUUUACAUUGCUUAUCGUAUCAAGGUCUGACAGAUCUUGGGACUGUUCUUUGUUGUUUGGUUUGACUCUUAUGGUAAAAAUUUAUUAUGUUGCAGAAGACAGAGGAACUUGAAAAAAAGAGCGCCCAUUUGAGGGAGAAAGUCCAGGUAAGUACACAGAAAGUAACCUUGAGGUUAUUUCUUAAAUCAACUAGUAGUUGUGCUCCGUCUUUCUUGAGAAAACCUGAAUGUGACGACAACUUGCGCCUCCAGUUGGUAAUAUACUUGGAGAAAUAGACCUCGUUAGUCAAAGAAGCAUUUCUAAACAAUUUUUUUUAAUUUCCAAGGCAUUUCUUAUUUUUCUCAUCGUCUUCAAUUGUCUUUAUCUCAACAGUAGUGACAUGAUAAUUAUAAUAAGAAUGACAGUAAUGAUGAUAAACAUGUUGACGAUAAUGGUGGUGAUGAUUACGAUGAAAGUAGUAUUUUGAUAAAGACAAAGAUCUUAAUGAUAAUAUUAAUUGUUGAUUAAAGCGAUAACAAUCAUCUGUAUGUACUAAAUCAGUGGAUAGCCUCGUAAGCGAGCUCUGGUUGGCUUCUCAAAUGUCGACUAUUCUUUUCUUUUCACCCCUGAGCAACUCGCGCGGGAUUUGCGCCCGAAAAUUGCGCCCGAAUAUAUUGUAAUAGUUGUAGGAAUAAAUGAGUUAAGAUCAUCUUUUGUCUAAUAUUAUCUCACUGGUUAAUUAUAUACUAAAACAACUAUUCACCUCAGUGUCGUUGGCUAGCACCUCUACUUCGGCGUUGACUAUCAUCGACAUCACGAUCUUAAUAAUAAUAACGGCAUUGAUAGACAUUUAUAAUUUAUUACCUGCUUUUGUUUAUUUUGUCGUAGUCCUUGGAAGAUAGAGAAGAGGAAAAUGCAUUGAUCAAAGAGAAAAUGAAAAUUCUUGAGGAAUUAGCAGUGAGUAUGCUUGGGGCAAGAUGUCAUGGUUACGUUCACAUAUGAAGCUAAUUGAUGCUGUCUCUUUCACCGUUAGGAUGUGAAGGAUGUAGAGAAGGAGAACGACAAACUCAGGGAACAAGUCAAAGCUCUUGAAGAAGCUUCCAUGGUAACAUUUUAUUUCAAACUCUCAUUAUGAAUAUUUCUUGUUCACUUGGAGUCGAUAACGUUAAGUGGUCCCUAGUUAAUUUUAGAAUUGCUUAGAUUUCAGAUGCAGAGAUAAAGAACACCAAAGAAGAAAAUGAAGAGCUAAGGGAAAAGAUGAAAACUCUUGAACAAACUAUGGUAAGAAAAGAGCUUCAAUUUUGGUCUUGUGUUAACACGUAUGUCGCCAGGACACAAUCCAUUAUUUAGGAUUCCUGGAAAAGAGGCUUCCACUUAAUUUUUCAAACUUUUCAGUUUUGAAGAUCCACAUGUAGACUAUUAUACACAUAACAUCGAGACAUUAGACGUAAGACACCAGACAAUGAGAGAAUUGCUGUCGACCAAUCUGUUGUUAGGGUCAGUUGUCUGAAUCUUCGGCAAAAAUAAGAUGUAGUUAUCCUGACCGUCAGUGGAAUGUAGAAGUAAAUAUUUUAAUCAUAGAAAUUUGCCCUUUGAUAUUUUUCCAGGAUACUGAAGAGCUUCAAAGGGAGAAUGAUUACCUAAAGCAACAAGUAGAAAUGCUAUCAGCUGAACCCGAGGUGAAAGAGCGAUCUUUCUAUGCUUUCUUGGCUUGUAGAUAUAGUCGAGUGAGGAAAUCGAGGCGAUCUGGGGUGGAAAAAAUAACUAGAGUUCUUCAAUACUGAGUUUGUGAAUGUAAUGCAGCAGCCUGUCUGUUUCCACUUACUUACCUUUAAUUUGUUUCAGAGAGUAAAAGAACUUGAGGGGGAGAACGAAACUCUCAACGAAAAAAUCGAGGCUCUCAAGGCAUCCGUAGUAAGUGAUAUCUGAUAUUGCAGAUUAUCAAGGACUGGUUUCCCAACAGUUCGCGACCUAUACGUCCGACGUGUCAUGGCGACUUGACAGUCGCCUUGUGUGUCCAUAGGAGUGGCAGUGAAGAAGUUGAAUGUCCGUGUGACUCGCUUGCACUCUUUGAAUUGACCAUCUUUCAUGUUUUUAGGAUGAUGUGGUCUGUGAAAACACAUUGUUAAAAGAGCAGAUCGAGGACCUGGAACAAAAUGAUGUAUGCAAUUUUUUAUUUUUAGUGUAAUUGUUCAUGUUAUGGAUAAGCAAGGUAGGAACCCUUUUUCAGUGGGGCAAAAAAAUUGUUUUAAUAACGAGUCAUUCUAUGAACUGGUUGGUUUGUCUGGGUACAUAACGAUUCGUAGAUUUCUGCAAAGGCAGUAAGUGCACGAUACUCUUAGAUUGAUUACUAAUUAUUUACACUUCAUACAAAAACAUUAUGAAGUUGAGAAGUAAAAAGAGCCGUUUUCUUUUUCGACAAAAGUCUUAUUGUUAUCAACCUUUUCUGUUUCAGAAACUACAUAAGCUGAAAGAUGAAAACAAAAUGCUCAAGGAUAAAUUACAGUUCUUGGAAGAUGCUUCAGUCAGUAUCAUAGUUUGAUGUCGGCUACAGUUCACACACUGAAAGAAAAAAACAGUUUGAAUAACAACAGAAAAAUUAAAGUCCAAGUAAUAAAGACUAACACAGUUUUCUUUGCUGCUUAAUCUCUUCAUCGCUGCAGCUGUGGCUCACGAACAGAAAAAUAAUUUCUACCUCCUGUCGCUUUUUGACUUUCGACUUUUGUUAAUUUCAGAAUAUUGCAUAUGUUCGAAGUAAAGAUGCUGCUUUGAAAGGGCAGUUCGAAGUAACGGAGGAAAUUGGAAAGAGAGAGAAAAAGAAGAAAAUUAUUUAAAUGAGGAGCUCUCAGAAAAAGUACAGAUGUUGGAAGAGUCUCUGGUCAUUGUAAAUGAGUUUCCAGCUUCAUAAAAUUCCUUGAAGCGAAUUGUCCCUGCGUCUCUCGAGCAUAAAUACAGUAAAUGCAUUCUUAUUUAUUCUCAGACUUCAGAACGACUGGAAAACGAGCAACUCAUGGACAAGAUACAGGAUCUGGAACAUUCUACGGGGAGGGUAAGUACAGGUGGGGAACGCUUCACUAGUGAGGUGGGGUUAUUAGAGAAGAAAACUGGUGCUUUCAGGAGAGUUUUGAAGGGAUGGUGACUAGAAUAUGACACACAAAAUUCUAUUGUUAUCCCGACUGUGGCUAGGAGCCAACUGAUAAUUAAGUUUAUAACGAUCUUUUUGUGGUUUAUGUCGACGUUGUUGCGAUAUCGCUAAUUGAGAGUGGAAAAUUGUCACGGAGAGUUCGUAUCCGCUGUGACAAGAUUUAAGUAAUUAAGUAAAGUGUCGUCAAGUUACAAAAGUGUCGAGUGUGCUACAUUGACUGUGAUAUUGCUUUGAUCUUUCAGGUUGUUGAAAGACUCGAAGAGGAAAAUUCAGUGUUAAAAGAAAAUAUCAAAAUUCUGGAAGACACGACUUCUGUGAGUCACGGGAACUUUCUUAUAGUUUUCUUUUGAGUAUAUCCUCAGAUUUCCGAGUUCGUAACCAGAUCGUCAAAUAUGGCUGCUUUACUGACUUAACUAAUUCACCCCAACAGAAUAAUUCUUUUCAACCUUGAUGUUGGUUUUGCGCACAUUUCUUAGUUCAUAGUAAGUUUUUCUCUCAGAUAUCGAUGAUUUUUUAUUUCCUUUCCAAGAACAUGAAAACACUUGAAGACGAAAACAUAUUGCUGAGAGAAAGGAUUGAAAGCCUGUACAGUACAAAGGUGUGUUAGUUUGAGUUGCAACCGAUCUUCAUGUCGGUCUGUUAUCUCUAUAUAUGUGGUUGCAGAUCUUUUCUACCUCAUGUCCUCCAUCAACCCUUUUCAAAAGAGGAGACAAUCCAUUGAAGAGUUAAGCGAGAACUGAGUUCUUCUGAAUAUUUGUGUUGGUUACCGAAUGUUUUUUAUCAGAUUCAAAUGUGAAGUUACCUCUCUUCCAAUUUUACUCGGAACAGGGGCCUAAUGUAAUUUUUAUUUAGACCAAAUUUUAAUGGGACAGUAUUCUGAUGGGAGAUAUAUAAUUUGAUUUUAAAAAAAAACUUGUCAAGAUACUUUUAAUGGAAAUUGACUUAAGACGAAUGUCAGGGGUACAAUUUCAAAACAUCUCGUACGAAAUAACUUCUAGUAGAUUUAGUAGAACUAAUAAGCGUUAUUGAAGUGAAGUUUGGGUAAAAUAAUGGAGAGGUUAUUGCAAACCCUAUCACUUUCAGCCGUUUACAUUGGCCUUGCAUUUUUCUUGUAAAACUCGGUCAUCUGCAAAGAGGAAUUCUGAUAUAAAAUAUAGCUGGUAGAAGCUUAAGAAAACUAUACCCAGCCACCUUAAGAAUAAGAAGAGGGGUUGGGGGACAAAAUCAAUGAACAACACUUAGUUUUUGACAUUUGGUUCUUUUUAAUGUAUUAUCCUUUUGUUUUCAUUUUGUAGGCUAAGGGCUUGUCUGAGGAGGAAUUCGAGACUCUUCAGAAAAAGAUAGAACAGCUGAAGGAAGCAGAUAAGGUAAAAUCACGCGAUACUUUGAUAAUGAAUUGUUUUCAAUUAAAAUUCGUGGUGCUUUCAGUUGAAGCUCUUCAAUCACAUAGCUUUGAUAUUUAGCGGUUAACAUUUUGGUGAAUGUUCAUUUCUUCUUUUUACUUUAAGCCUGCUUAUGUCAUGUUGAGCUGCAAAGUAUGUCGAAACCUUUAAUUUUUUUCACGAACAUUUCGGCUUACGGUAGAUAUAUGCUCUCUUGCAUGGAAACAGCAGAAUACCAUUAGUCAUUAUGAGCCCGGCGCAUCCACCUCACCUUUCUAGUGAUUAAAUCAUGUUAAAGUUAACCCUUUAACUCUCAGGAAUGACCAAGACAGAAUUUCUCCUUACAAUAUCUGUACAUUAUCAAGCAGACAAGAGAUGAGAAUAAACAAAAAUGUAAACUAGGGGAUUACUAGUUAAUCCAAUACCAAAUUCUUUGAAUUACCAUUAUAGGAAUUGGAAUGGCAGACUGUAAGGACAAUUGCUGAUGCGAUGUCGGAAGUUAAAGGGUUAACAUGUUCUUUAGAGAUUGGAUAAAAUCUCUUUCAGCAAAGAAAGUUUGCAAACUCGUGGAGCCUCAGCAGUUGAAACAAUGAAAGUUCUAACGAGACACAAGAUCCAGACUAAUUAAAUCUGAGGCAGUGUUUAGUCUAACUCACCUUCAUUUUUCUUUUCGUAAAGCACAAUUUGUUUGUAUUUAAUGAUAUCUAACAGUGACUGAAGUCGAUUUUUAAUUUUGUCAUUUUACUUAGACAAUUGCAGCGCUGAACGAAUCCAAUACAGCAUUGAAAGCAAGAAUAGAUAUUUUGCAGUCGGAGAAGGUAGGGUUUGCAAUCUGAUUGUAUUUCAAGUAAGACUAAAUGAAGCACAAAUAACAAUAUUACACACUUUUCCUGGUGUUACAGGGCCGAAUCACAGAAACAUUUAACCUUUGCAGUAUUUGUAGAGUUUUAGAAAGAGAUAGAGCUGGGAUACUUUUGAUGUGGAACAGAAUCUGCAUUUUUAAGACAUCGCACAUAGAAACCACCCUCGCGUUCUUUUCACCAGCCAAAGAACAGAUAUGUUAUAUGUAGAAACACUUUUAAUCUUUCCAUUCUGCAAAGCCUGUUCUUUUUUCUACUUUCUCUAUUUUGUUUUGUAGAAAAACGACCGAGACGUUUCUUCAGAUAUGGAUCCCUCUGAACAACUAGGAAAGGUGUGGUCCAGAGUAAAUUUCUUUCAAACCAAGUUCUGAAGGUAAUUUAGUGUUAACAACUGGGUUGAAAACGUAAAUUAGCCACCGUAAGGGGUAAAAAAGCUGACGUUUCGAGCGUUAGCCCUUCGUCAAUCGCUCUGACGAAGGGCUAACGCUCGAAACGUCAGCUUUUUUACCCUUUACGGUGGCUAAUUUACGUUUUCAACCCAGUUGUUAACGCUAAAUUACCUGCUAUACUCUCCCACCGACGCAGCACCACAGUUUCUUUAGAAACUUACCCCUUUAUUCAAGUUCUGGAGGGAUGAAUACAAACUUGUGGCAGUCAAGUAUUUUGCCCUUUCAUUUGAUCCCUUUUUGAGGACCUGUCCGCCAUAUUGAAGUUUCCAUCCAACAACGAUGCUUUCUAAACAUUUUUGUAACUUACAAGUGUUGAGUGUAAGCGUAGUACUUUUAUUAUAAAUUUUGUGCCAAAGAUAAAGACAUUUUGUGCUAAAGAUAAAAAAAUAAACAACCGAAAGGUAACAAGACCUCAGUACUUAAACUUAAAUCGAUGAAAAUCAACUGUUUGUAAAACUAAGAAAAAUAAUUUUGUCUAGGUUCGACUGCUAUUAGUGCAGGAUUUUGGUUUAACUUCAUCAGAGGUGGAAAGUGUUCUUGGGUCAUGUGACCUUGAAAGUCACGUGUCGUCGGGAAUGGCUACCCCGCGUGAUGAAUUGAACAAUCUGGGUCAUUAUUUUGAACAGGUAAUGUGUUAGUAAUGUUUGGCUGCCAGGUGCCAUUGAUAAAAAGAACAUCAAAGUAAACUUUAAUACAUAUAGGGGUUAACAAAAAACUUUAAAAAUUUAUCUGAAGAAUUCAGCUAGUGAUCGCUGUCACUACAGAACUAGCAGUAAAGACAAUAUUUAAACUAAAGAUACUAAAGAAUAACUCAGACAUCAUUUUCUUGUAAAAUUUCUAAAUUUCAGUCAUGCUCGCACUACUCUUAUCUCACCAGUGUUGCUGCGCCCUCAUUACACGCUCAUGGUUAUGGAAACGUCUGUUCUUUGAUACUUAUAUUGAACACUAACGCUCCGCUGUGGCCAUACCUAUGUCGUCCUUUGAACCAUCGUUUAGUCUUCGCCCUCUUCUCAGCAUUAAGUAAUUUCGUUAUUAUGCAAUGUGUAGGCCUUGCGAGACGAUCAUAUAAUGGCUAUCAAAGAAUUAAGAAAUUAUUCAGGAAGUGACUAAAAUAAGACAACCGUAAAGUAAUGCCGCUAUACCUUGCUUUAAAAGGCUGACGGACCACAGCAAUCAGAUGUUGGUGACACACCGUGCUCAGUGAUCAAACCCAUACAGCAUAUAACACGCAUUCCAGGGGGAAUUAAUGAAGUCAACUCACCCAUACCAGAGAACAUAGCAAAAGUAAAUCAUAAUUUGUUAACUGUCGAUAGAUAAAGAUUCCUGUUCUGCUUGAAGAGAUAAGUUAUCCUAAACGUCAUAAAAUGUUGCAUAAUGUACGAAACUACAGUAAUAAAGCCAUAUUACUCACCUGCAGUACAAGGACGAUCCUUUAACAUGAACUUUUGUAUCCUGGAAUAAGGUUAAUCUUGCUCGAGAACUUGAACAUAAUUUGCCCUUAAACAAGGCAUGUGUCAUUUGAUUUAAAAUGUAACGAAUUUCAAUAACGUCUUUGCAAUGCGUCUGCGUUAGUCGGUGCUAUCCUGUGAUUGUUUACUAUUACGGGGCUUUUAACCUGACUUUGAUGAAGUCAGGUUACUGAAGUAUUAACAUUAUCAGUUCACUGAAGUAUUGACAGGACCAGCUUCAUCUGGUCUUUGAUGGCCUGCUUUCUUUAGAUAUUGACCACAUGCAGCAAAACUGUGGCAUUUAAUGCACCUAAAGAGUAACAAUUUUGUAAUCGUCUUCGUUCAUGACACUUUUCAGGAGCUUGAAAAUUUGAAACAAGAAAACAGAAGACUUUGCGAAGAACUGAAAGAACUAAGGAGAACAGUUCAGGUAGGAGUUUUGAAUGUUCUAAUAUUCCCCCAUCCCCCCCUCCCAAUGUAAUACAGGUAAUUAUGAAAUGCCAACAUUUCCCCUGCCGUUGCUUUUACGCACCCUCGCAUCAACCAUUGGCUGUAAUGUGAGUGUUUGGGCCUGUAGACCAAAUAUCUGCUCUACCUGUAGCGUCUAAAAAAACGUUUGCGCUCCAGUUUCUCAGUUUCUCUGCGCGCGUUAAGCACUCCUAUGUAUGUGCUCAGUUCACAAGUCAGGAUAAUAAUUCCCCAUGAUAACUGCUAUCAAUAUUUUUAUGAGCUACUAGUUUUUUUGUUAUUACAUUGUUGUAAAUACUUCGAGAAAAAAAAGACUUUUUGUGACGACGGUUCUUCCGUGAGCUUUUGUGAAAUUCUCUGAGUUAGUGAAACUAGAAACUAGCGAAAAAGUAGGCGUGCGUGAAAUGGUGUUGCUCACCCGAUCACAAGCCUUAGCGAAAGACUGGAACUGACCUGGAACGCUCUCGUCUUGCUGCUUUGGUUGCACCUGAAGUGUGUUUUAUAAGCUGUCUCUGAUUUAAUAGUUAAAGAUCGAUCCCACAAACAGAGCAUUUCAAGACCGCUGAUAAAUAGGCUUAUUCACGUGCGGCAAUGGAAUGUCUCAUAAAUUUUCGUCUACAUUCGUCGUCAAAGUCUAAUAAUAACUAUCCCACGUAACGGACGGUUUUCUUGCACUUGGUGAAUAUGAGGGUAGCGGAUCCCAUUCUUCCAGCGGCUUCAUCGCUUAUUUUAGCCGCUCCGAUUCCCAAAAAUCUGACAAAACAGUCAGCCACACAGGAUAGGUAAUAACAUCCAUGUUUGUACAUUUUCAGAAGUAUUCCUUUCAAUUCCCAAACUGUUUUUGUUCGAUGAUUACACCCGCAGUGGUAUUAUUCAUUGUCCAGAACGACCUCCCAUCAGUUGUGUACACAUGUAUUUCCUUCCGCUAUAGCUGUUUUAAAACUUGGACAAUAGUCUUCGUUAUGAUUAAAAUUGUCUUUGUUUACUGAUAUUCAUAACAGCGAAUAAAUUUGCCCUGCAUAAUUUAGUUCUGGAUGAUUAUGCUAAUGUUCGAGCCACAAACUAGCGUUGCAAGCGACCGAACAUUUCAUAAAAUUUCACAGCGGAAACAACAUAGUAGGUUUGGUAUUCUUCCUAAUUUAGUUUCUUUUCUUUUGUUCAGUUCUUGUUAUUUUUACGACCCACUGAUAUUUCUUUAACUUGGUGAUUUCAUAUAAUUCAAAAGUCAAGGGAUUGAUCUGCAGCUAACAAAGGUCUUCAGCAUGUUUACGUGCAACCUUAACAUCAAAAUGCAAAGUUUUCUCAGAAAGGUUUCCUACUUUGUAGUGGUAUUCUGUUGGAUGUUGCUUUCUUCCCUAUCUUGUUCUGUUUAUUCUGAAAUCACAUACUCAUGAAGAAUGAAGAUGAGCGAUCACCGUUCUUAUAUGACAUAAACACAAGUAUAUUUGAACAGAACACCCAAGCCAAACAAACGCUGAGUUCAUUUUACAUUCAACUUCAUGUAGGCUGGUUAUUGUUUAGAAGCAGUUAUAAAAAGCAAUACUCUGUAAAGCCGAUCCUAGAACCAUGAGAAAGGAUAUCUCUGCAUGAGAACUUCGCAAACACUUGAAUGCUCUGUGAACAAAGCUCAUACAAGUUAUAGAAUGUCUAACGUAUUAAAUGAGCAAUUUUACCAGACUGUACCUGCAAUGCAAGGAGUAGUAUAGCUCCUUAUUGUAUGAUAAUUCGAGAAGUUUCCUAUAUGUCGUUAUCUAAAAUGUUGGUGCCCGUUUUCUUUAAAAAAAAAAACCGGGUCGAACGGCUCAUUCGUUUUCUAUUAUUACAAUUUCUUGAACAAAUCUGUUAAAAUAUGGAAAUGCAAAAAGGUGACAGAAGACGUUCGCGCUCUAUAAUGUAACACUGGAUAUAUUUACCUGGUACUGAUCUUCAUUAUAAAGUUUUACAACACUGGCUUGGGUUAGAUACCGUAAAGAAUUCUUAUUACAUUAACUAUAUAGAAUUCGGUUUGCCUUAAGACUGACCCAAACUAGCCCUUCUACCGACUGAAAACUUGAGGACACCGAGAAAAAGUCACGUCCAGUAUGACGGAGUACUGGUAUAUCAUUAAAAAACAACCAAAAUUCGUGAUUUGAGGGAAAGUAUCAACUUGGGUUAGCUGUAGGGCCAUUGCCGGAUCAUUUUUCACUUUUUGGUAAUCUUCUGUUGGGACCCGAGUGAUUUAAAUUUCUUUUUUUUUCCAUAUUAAUGGAGGCCUAUAAGCUAAUCUCUAGUUGCACUUGAUUUUUUUUUAAUAACCAUGCUUUUUAUUAUGUUUUCGUUUUCUGGCUUUUUGUUGGUUUAUUUGUUUGAUUUAUUGGUUUUUUUUUAGUUUGUUUUUCGUUCAUAACCUACCACCGAUCCAUCACACUGGACAUUUUAAUUUUUUUUCACCAUAAAGCCCAUGUCCACAGAAUUUUGGGCAUAUGAAAUACUAACUGGGGUCAACCUAGAAGCAAACCUUGUGCUAGUGCAGACUCUCUACCCAGGUUGCUUUAAAGAAUUCAUUUUUGUUGUGUUUCUGCUGAUUAAACCGGAGCUGCGAAUCAAACUGAGUACGUUGGUAAAUGUUGUCCCCUUCCCUGCAAAAACUUAUUUAAAGGCCACUAUACGCAAGUUUUGCACUCUGUUAGGAGAUAAAAUAUGCUCGGAUAUUUUCCUCGACCAUUAUCUGUUCCUCGAAGCCCUCAGUUUUCCUCGGGCUUGCUCUUACCGGAAUAACUAAUCACUCAACAGACCAAGUUCGGGGACAAACAUCCUAUGAUAUUUUUGUGCCACUGUUCAUGUGAGAUACCAUAAAAAUUGUUAAACAACAAAGGGAUAUUAGGGAUUGUAAUGAAGAAAGUGGGCACCUAUGACUUAAUUGCAGUAUUUGAUACAGUUCUCCCUUCUGUUCCCAGGACAGGCAAAACACUGAGAGAUUAAACGAGGAAACACAGACCGAUUGUGUGGAGUCCUCUGAGGACAUAGCAGCCAGGAGUCUCAAAAACUCUCAAUACGUGCUUAGUUCGAUACCAGGCGAUAUCGAGGAGACCAUUGCACCUCAGGUCCGCUCAACUGUUGCCACUGAAAUACGCUACCUUGGCGACAGUCGUUUGGAGUUUGAGCCAUCAACUCAAAGUCGUUACAAGAAAGGUGCAGUUUUCAGUGGGAAAGAUGAUCCAAUGGACUAUUCAGCGCUAAUAAGAGACUUUGAAAAUACAAUGCCCAGUCAUAACGAAAGUUCUGUCGACUCUGAUGACCUCAUUUCUGAACCAGAGCUUAUGGUUUCCCAAAGGAAUCUGGACACCCAAAUGGAUAUUAUCGACCAACGUAUUCAAGAUCUUCGUUAUAUGGAAGGGAAAGAUUCAGUUCCUCUAGAGGAAGGUAGUAGAGACAGACCAGAAUUAGGUGAUCUUGUCACCUUUGGUUCGGACGAUGAGGGAGAUCUCCCUCCCCUCCCUGAAUCCUCUCCACCACCCCUCCCGUCUGAACCACCACCAGAUUUCACGGAGUCUCCGCCUCCCGUCCUUCAUGGACUGGAAGUGUUGUUGAAUAGUGACUCUUCUCCACCUAGAGAUGCAGCUACUCUCCGGGCUUCAUCUCGACAGCGCCUUCACUCAGAAAAUAAACCCACCUCUGAGGUGUCGCAAUCUUCUUCCCGAAUGGAAUCUCCUUUGCUUGUGGAGGAAACUACGUUGGUCCUUGAAUCAGACCCUAGCGAGCUGGGUGGAAUCUAUCCGAUCGAGGAGCCUACGUCGUUAACCGACUCAUCUGACAGGCGGCCCACAAGUUUAGGAUCUAUAAAACCUGAUGACCCUAAAACCAAGGCUCCUCUUCGGGUACUUCCAGGACCAAGAAGACUCCUUUUGCCGAAGCGUGAACUAGGACCAUUAAACCAACCAGUGGUCUCAUAUGCAAAUUCAAAUGUGACUUCGUCGAUGCAGCCCCAGAGGUUACGUGAUGAGGAGGAUGGAAUCAUUCCUCCUCGGGGAUUUGUACUUAACCGGGCCGCUUUGAUCAAUAGUGGUGAAAUAGACGCGCUUAACGAGAAGAUUGGGUUCUUGGAGAGGCAGCUUAAAGUAAGGAAGCGCCCAAUUUUUUUUUAAGAGUUAAAUGGAAAAAAAACUUUUUAAUUACUACUGUACUCACUGUCAGUCAGUCAAAUUCUUUUUGGCAAUUUACGUCUCAACAGACCAGCAUUAGCCUCAGCUAUACCGCGGCAACUGAUAAUGGUUUUGUAAUAGAAGUAUUCAGCCUUUAAGCAUUUUAGGUAUGUCGAAGAGCUGGAGUUUAUCAGAGCGCGAGACUGGCCACUCAAAAUUCAUUUCCUCCUAGGGAGUUUUUUACCUGAAUCCUCCUUGAAUGUGAAACAAGUAAAAUUAGUUUAACUGGUAUGCGAUAAGCAUUAUAGAGCUUGACUAAAGAUAGCUAAUUUAAGUCGACUAAUUUUUUUCAAUGCAUUUAUUUUGAAAUCUCUGUUUUUUUUCCCAUAUGAUUUCAGACAAAACUGAAUUCCACUUAGUUUAAUUACUAUCGUACGGUAUUUUUCUUGUUCCUUUAUCAUGGAUUAUUUUACAUACGAUUCCGUUCUGUUUACCACUUUCAGAACAAAGAAAAUGUUAUACGUUCCUUGAAGGUACGUUUCAUGUUUUAGAACUCCGUCUUCAAACUUAAUAAGACUAAUACUUUUGCAUAUACGCUGAGCUUGGCACUUCAGCCAGGCUUUCUUUACCACCGUAUUCAGUAUUGCAUGGGAUCUUUAGUGCAUGUUAAGAAAAUUGUUGUGUAAACUCGCUUUUUCUUGUGCAUUCGGUCACCUAAUGGAAACAAUUGCUUUCUAAACAGACCGAAGCAACUGAACGGGAGACUCAGUCUCUGGUAAGUACCUUUGUUUAACCCAGCACGAUCUUUAUUUUACCUCAAAAUGUUUCAGCUUGUGCAUGAAAUGGAUUUUUUCUUUAAAUUAUCAUUCUUUUCUUCUUCCGUUUCACUUUUGCAGCUUGAACGAAAAGAUCGUGAACUGAGAAUCUUGGUAUGUGGUAACCGUUUUUGUAAUCAUGUAUUUUUAUCAGUAAGUUGGAUGAAUAGAGGGUAAUCACACCCUUGCUCUAUCUUUGGUAAAGGACAAAAAGGCGAACUUUUCCAUGUCAAAAGAUGGUACAGAUCAGGGACUUUUCACCGAAACCGGAGCUCUGUAUCAUCGUUCAGAUCAUACACGCGUAAUCCAGGAUGGCAAUUUAACCUGGGUUUUGAUUUCUCUUGUUUAAAAGCAUGAAUUAGAUUUAACUUUUGGGAUGUUAAUAAUAUUAAAACUGAAGGAAAAAAUAAAAAGCUAUAAAAAUUGUUAUAAAAGUAAUUAAAAGAAGAAUUUAUGUUAAAUAUCACAAAAAUAGAAUUGAGAUUUUUUAACUGACUUGCAUAGAAAGAGAACCUUCAACAGCCCUGUUUGUUAAACUAAUAGAUACAAAAACUCUUUUACUAUAAGCGAUUUUUUUUAGGAAGCUGGCGUGGUUGGCCAAGAUGCUCUUCCUCACGAUCUUAUCAUUAUGUUUAAUAAGCGUAGUGCAGAAUAAUAUAAUAGGUGAUGACAUGUUUCUAUGUAUGUAUACUUGUGUUACGCUGAACAUAUCAUGUAAUUCAAUCAACUUGACUGCCAGGCGUUUUCUUCAAGAAACAAUUUAAUUCUCUUGCACUCCUGUUUUAGGAUGAAGAUGUGGUAUUUUUGAAAGAAGAGGUAAAUAACAAUGAAGUAGAAUGCUUAAUAAGAUGGUUUAGCUCUGUCAUCUUAAAAUGGUGACCAUUUGUCUGUCAAUUUGACAUUUGAUCUUCCUUAAAAAUUCGUUCGACAAUAAUAUCUACUUUAAAUGUUUCUCCGACAGAAUCAAAAGAAAGAAAAAGAACUUCUUACGAAGGUGAGAUCGAAUGUUAAUAUUUUUACUUUUAUUGCUUAUCUUUGUUUUCCCGCUGUAUCUUUCGAAGUUUUUUAACUUAGCAUCCUCUGUUUGUUUUUAAAACGCUACUUAAAGAGUCGUGGUUUUGCUUGUAUCUUUUUUAAUUGCUUUUUUCUUUUCGUUAAUUUUUUUAGAUUGGAGAAAUAAAUAAAAAGAACUACGAGGUGAGGGACAUUUAUUUUUUUGUUUGAAUAAAAUUACUUUAUUUAUAUGUGUUCUCCAAAUUUCGUGCACUUUCGCUCUACUUCAGGACUGAUUAUUUUAUUAUUGCGAGUAGGGAAAGUGUUAGAGGAAUUUUUAUUGAGUAUUUCCAUAGCAAUUUCUAUGUGUAUCGUCAUGCAUGUUAUAAUUCACGAUACUUACCUUGUAGAUUGAACAAUGGAAAGCGGAAGCCAGCAAUUCAGAGAGACAGAGACAAAGAAUGGAAGCAGCUUACAUGAAUUUACAGGUUCAGUUUCUUAACUGCCAUAACACGCGUGAUUUAGAAAACAGAAACACCAGCGACUUUUGCGCCUAAUUUUGGAUUGUUCUUUCCUUUUCAAAGAACCAGCUUAAAAGUACACAUGGUGCGGAAAAAGAACUGGCCGAGUUGCAAACCAAAUACAGUGGAAUGGAAAAACAGAACUUUGAGCUAAGUGAAAAGGUAACAAUCUUGUUCAUCUUGCGAAUGUUCCAAUAAUCUAAAUAGUCAUGUUUCUUGUCACUUGACCUCACUUAGUUUCCGAUUAUGGAUUAGUUUCAUUUUUUCUUUUUUUUUUUUUUGCGACAUUCUUUGCAGGUGAAGAAGUUGGAAAAAAGUGAGAAAGAAUUUAAGAAACUGGAACAUAGCAUUCAAAUACUAGAGGUAUGUAUAAAAUUUCUUUAAAAGUGUCCAUCGAUCAACUGUUUUGUUUUUCUUGUAGCCUUUAUGUCGUGUAGCCACUCCAUGCGUAAUUUGUUAUCUGGUUUUCAGGCUCAGUUACAAGAAAUGGACGUCCUGGAACAAGAUCGAAACAGCUUGAUCGAAAAAAUGAAAGCGGUUGAGAAUCAACGAGAUGACCUGCUCAGAAAAGGAAGGAUGGUAGAAACAGAGAGAAACGAUUUCCUACGUAACAACAAGCUUAUGGAGAUGCAAAGAGAUGAGUUGAAGAGCAGAUGCUCCGUGUUACAAAAGACAAAUAGCACCUUAAACACCAGGGUGAGCUAUGAACUCUCCUCCUCUCACAAGCUGUUUUUCGCUGCAAAAAAUAGUGUUAAUUAAUAUCUCAUUUGUUCUUGUGAUCAUGUGACUAACAUUGUUAGAUGUUUUUCCGCAAUGAAGUCAUUCACUCGGUGUCUUUUUUUGUGUUGGAAAUGCAGAAAACGUAAUAACGUUUAAGCUCGGAGUCAUUUUAAGUAACAAACGUUAUUAUUUGAUGGUGCCUUUCUUUGAUUGUCGUACUGACAAGAGUCUCAAGCGAAACAUUGUCUUUCAGUUUUAGCAGACCAUUUCGGAAUGUGGUCAUCCCAUGGAAUUUUGAAGUUGGAAUGAGAGCAUUACCAAUUUAUCACUCUUCUUUUUUUUCUUUUCUUAGCUGGCACAACUGGAACAUGACGUAAGAGAAGCCCAAACAAAAAUGCACGAUAGUCAACACGAAAGAAACUUCCUCAAAGUACAACUAGAAAAAAUGGAGGCUGAAAGAAAUGAAAUGCAAACAAGACUUGCCCUCACGACACAAGAACGAAAUUUACUAGAAAACCAAGUAGCAGAAUUGCAAGACCUUAAUAGGUAUCGUGUAGUAUUAUCAGACAAGACUAUUAUCAGCUUUGCCGGUCAACGUUAGCGUAAUUCCGGAAACCGAGUUUUAUAUUUUCAAGUCUUAACGAUUGAGUGCAAGUCAUCCCAUUUUGAGGUUUUGGAACUGAGAUUGACGUGCAUGUAUGUUACAUAAGACAGAAUAUUGAAGAGUUCGCUCAGCGCAAUGUGUUGCAUCUUUUAUAGGGAUCACGUUAAAUUGGAAGACAGUUUUCAUUCUCUUCGAAUUAAGGUGAGUUUGCAACUUUCUUAAGGCGGCAUGAGUCUACAGUCUUUACCACCAAGGUAAAAAUCAGGUCAACGAAAGAAUUCAAUGGAAUCAUUACCCUUUCCAAGUUGGAUAAGUCUUUGAUGAUGUGGAUUUUUUUAUUCCUAGCUUGCGGAAUCUACGCGUCACAAAGAUGAUGCUGAGAUGCAAAUACCAACUCUAAAGGUAAAAGUUGAGAUCACAUGUAUGUGUAUUUUCUAUUUCUACCUCUUUGUUUGUCCGUCUAUCUAUGUGCCUGCCUUCCAAUCGAUGAUCUGCCAAUGAAACGAUUUUUGUUUUCUUUCCCACUUCUAGGCGAAGGUUUCCUUGCUUAGGAGAGCGUGUAAAGAAAAAGACGAUCUUGUCGAGAAACUAAAUGAAGAAAUUCGCGAUUUACGUCAUUUCAUAUCAACAUCUACUCUCGACGACCUCUCGAAAAUCCGCAGCUUCGGUUACGCGCACGACAACUUCACGAAGUCGUCUACCCAUCGGGAACAAAAGAAACAGAUCGCUAAACAAGUUCCCAAGGUCUGUGAAAGUUUCUAGUUACAAUGUAAUAGUUUUAUCUGGCCAACGCGCUUUCACGAGAUAGUUUAUUACUCUGAGUGAUCAUAUUCAUUUCUGGAUUAAAGACCUCUCUCCCAUUCAACUUCGGCGUUUGAUUGAUUGGCUGAUUGAUUGGUCUUUGAAAUGGAAGUGAACUUUGAGGAAACCUGGAAGGGCCCGAAAAGCACGCUUUCAACUUUUUGAUACAACAUAAUGACAAUAUUUACCAAAGUCUUCAGAAAAAGCGGUGUCUAUUAAUCAAAAAACAUUGAAUAAGAGAAGGAAGACAAUAUUAUGAAGUAGAGGGGUAUCCCAAUCCUUUUGACGAGGAUUGUAGUAAAGGAAAGGCUGUAAAUAAAUUCUGGGAAACUAUCUCCGCAUUGUUUUCAAAAGGGCAUACAGCACCUCGCUUUCCCUGGUUGAUUGAUGAAAACUCGCUUCAUGUUGAAAAGCUUAUGAUAAAACGUGAUAGUGUAGACUGAUCGUUCGGGUGAGUGUUGCACUGAGAAGGAUUGUUGUCGGUAGUGACCGACAAUUAUCGACAACUACCGACAACACUUCCUGUCUCUGAAUCAUUUUGAAGUAAUUUAAAGCUUUUAGGAGUAAUGGAUUUAACUGCGUGGUUGUGAGGGUGGAAUGUAUUCUCCUUAUGUGACGUUUGUAGUGCUGACAGUCGAUCAUUUUGUUGGGUGCGUUGAUGGCCCCCUUGAACGACAGAAACAAGAAAGCCGCGUUUUUCGAAAAAAAUGGCAUGUAAUGGAUGCAAAGAUGAAUGCAAAAGUAACUAUGUAACUAUGGUGGUUCGCCAUUCUGAAAGCCUUAUACUUGCUGCACUUUUUGUCGGUUUAGUCAACUUAGCUUUUCUUUAGAAGAAUCAAAUGAUUGGCUAUUUGUAACAGACAUUUUUAAUUCUCCUCAAGAUGUUCGAACCUUCACCACCUGGAAGCAAAAAAGCUAGGCGCUUUAUUGCGUUGUUUGAUUACGACCCACAUAGCUCACCUUCUUCUGAACACCCUGAUUUGGAGCUCAAACUCAAAGAGGGAGAUCUCCUGACAGUUUUCGGUGAUAUGGACAUCAAUGGGUAUUUAGAGGCGGACUUGAACGGGGAACGAGGCCUGGUUCCUAGUUUAUAUGUGGAAGAAGUCGAGGAUGCAAAUGAUUCUGAUAUUGCGCCAGAGGAGCAGUUGACAAUUUCUCACAGGGCGGCGGGGCCUCUGAAACAUGGUGCUUUGAACAGGAGCAAGGAAAUUCAGGUGAGAUAGAGAUUGUAAAGAAGACGAUAAAAUAUUUUGAGUCUUCAUUAGUAUCAGAAGAAAAUAACCUUUAAAUCCAAGGAGGUCUUCCGAAAGAAGUUAACUAUGGUAGGGAAGAAGCAAAAGAGACAGGAUAAUUAACCAGAAUAAGCGAUUGGUGAAGACAGUGGAGAUUGGCGUAGAUAUCAAUGACAAUAAAUUGUUCAAGAUGUAAAAAAACCUGAUCUUUUUUUUGAAAGAACGUCUUAACUUCAAGUUCUAUUUUUCCACUUAUCUUUAACUUUUUGGAACAAUUUUGUCAAACGAAAGGGCACAGGUAAAAGGUUGUUUUUGUUGUUAUUCUUUUAUUCGUGCGUGUGUGUUAAAAUUCUAUUCUUUAUUUACGGGAUCGAAUCUUCUGAACCAUUCGCUCGUGGCUUUACCGAACAUAGGAAACUUACUACACAGAAAUUUAUCUCGGCGGUGUUAAUUGACUCAUGCUCUUCCCUUUUAUGGCACCAGACAAUAUAUUUUGUGACGAGAAAAAACGUUUCACUAAUAAAGUUCUCGUAUAUGGAAAGGGUUUCACUUAAGUGGCCUCUAUUUUCUAGAAUGAAAACGGGAAUGAAACAACUGUCAGACUUAGUACAAAUCGAAUUCCUUGUGGAGGAGAACACGUGACUCUUUUACGGAAUGCGAAAAAAAAACAGUUCCUGAUGCUAACAUCAUUGCUGACGAAGUCGCAGUACAUUUCUAAACAAGCUUUCUUGCAAAUAUCUCACGGAAAAAAAAUGAAACAAUCUAUUUAUUGAAUAGUUUCUUUUUUCCACAGUUGUACCCAGAUGUCAUUUCCUGCCGCCGUGGUAGCUCAUCUUCAGGGGCCUCUUCUGGGGAACCUGAGAAACGUCGGUGCCUAGUGGCCCUAUACGAUUACGAUCCUUUUUGCUCUGGUGUCCGUGGAUGGCCGCCUCACGAUCAACUGACGCUGAAGAAGGGUGAUGUCAUGACGGCGUUGGAAGAUCAGGAUGCAAAUGGGUUUUACCGCGUUUUUCUGAACGGUGAGAGUUUACGAUUGGUCAUAUGUUAUUUAGUUCCGUCAAAAAGCCAGUCAAAAGGAGUUAUAAUACAAAGUUGUUCAAAUAACAGUAACUAAUACAGGCUAACUGAAUUCAUCUUCAUAAUGAACUUUGUUGAUAGGUUUCUUCGAGAUACAAAUUGCACAUUUCGUUGCCAUACGUUUACCUUGGCUCCGUUUAGCUCCCUUGUUUUCUAGACAUACCCCCUUUUUUUGUUGUUUUUUGUGGUUUUUUUUAUGUACAUGGGUAGAAAAUACACCUUUCCCCUAAAUCGUGUUUAUAUAUGUAAUUUUUAUAAUCAGUGUAUUGUCCACCUUCAAAUGAUUCAGGAGAGAUUAAAAUGAUGUAUUUUCAUUUAACCUUUUCGUAAGGCCAAACAGGGUUUGUUCCUGGACAGAUGGUGGGAAACGAAUCUUCAUCUUUUUCGCGGCAACCUGUAAGUUUGUCAAAUAAUUUAAGUAUGUUAAUCAGGGAGCAGAGGAUAUUUCUUAGCCGCACAUGGAUGCGAAUUUUGUCUUUGAAUGUUAAGAAACUCGUUCCACAUACGGAAAUGAAAUAUCCUUUUAUUAUACAUAAAUAUUGGUUGGAUAUUUGAAUCAAAGACAAUUUUGAAACGCAUCGAGAACACCGAAUGCACGUUAACCCAGUAUAAAGAAAAGCUUCCUCAAAGUGUGAAAGGAAUAUAAUGACCAUUACGAGACUGACAUCUUCUCCGUGUUUCCGAAACAAGAAAAAAAUGUUCUUUCACCAAUAUCUCUAAGACGAAGUACUUUUCUUCUUUGUUCUUAUCAUUUACAAGGUGAACAGACGAGCUCCAGAGCAAAUAUUAGGAAUGUUAAAUAAUUAUCCCAGACGAGGACAACCAGAAGGUGAGUUUCACAAGCCACUACAUUGAGUUUGUAAGAAGUUACAUCGAAAAAGCUAGUGGAUCGGUAGUGUGCAGUUUUGACUCAUCUGUAGUUCUAAAUGCAUAAGAAGCCUGGAUUGGAGCCUUUGCUGGGCUAUUGUGCUUCACACUCGACACUCUUAGAGUGCUUGUCUCCACUUAGGGUUAUAAUGGGCACCUCCAAAGUGACAGGGUUUCAUGACAAAUUCAGGGGUUAUCCACGAGGAGGAGUAGCAUGUCGCCUCAUAACAAUGACACCGUAAUCAACUUUGGUGUAACAAGCCGCCGGAAUCGCAAGACGUUACUAGAGUUAAGGGCUGGUCUCUGUUCUGUAAUUGCCUAGGGUUUCUCUUUGGUCAUCUUAAGUUUUAUCCUCAAUAUAGACGUAUUGUUUAAUAGCUUAUGUCCGAUUUAAAAGAAAAUGACACCUAUAAAACAAGGCCCAGGACGAAGCCAUCAUCAAAAAAAAAAUGCAAUAAAGCAAAAAGUCAUUCGUAACAAAGGCUUCGCACUUACCCUGGUUGUAAUACAAAGAGAUUUGGCAUCUUGGAAACAGUUCAUUUUGUCAUUUUACUUUUUGCUUGUUACAGCUUCUUCAACACAGAAUUCAGACUAUCCUACACCGCCACCAUCGAUGGGAAGCAUGAAGUCACUAACUCACGAUGGUAAUUCCAACGGCCUUCAAUCGUCAUUAACUCAUACGUGUCUUCCCGGCAGUCCAAACAAACUACCCAAUGUGGGAUUAACAAAAUUCAAGCCAUCACCGGACGUAGAUAUGCUUGGUGUCAUGACUUCUGUGACACAGUCCUCCCAACAAUUAGGUCCGCUGUCCUCUCGAGAACCAGACAAAAUAUCGACACCACCCGCAACCCCCAAACAGAUUGCUCCUGUCGUGUCAACCAAGUCACUGUCGAAAAAAGGUACGAGUCAUUCAUGUAAUAUCAAACAGAGGUAGAGUUGCACUUGCAGAGUGAUGGUUUCUCGUCUUAAUGUAGCGUUAAUCAGACGUUUUCCUAAAGUAGUACUGACGUAAAAAAAUUAUUCGGUUCGGUUGUUAUUAUUAUUAUUAUUAUUAUUGUUAUUAUUAUUAUUAUUAUUAUUAUUAUAUGUCAACAUUUAAUUAUUGGUUGAGUGUCAAGUGCUCACUAUAUUCUUGAAUCAUAUUUCUCUUGGGGAACAGGGUACUCAUAAAUAUGUGGGAUGCGGCAGGUUUUCUGUUUUGCGUGUGGGACAAAUCUUCUGCAACACUACCUUCUAGUAUCGGUUUAUAACCUCUAGUUCUUUUAAGAGUAAAUGUCAGUAAAAAUCAAGGAAAAUUCAAAAAACGUGGCCACGGUCAACAAUCGAUUUCGCUCAUACUUUGUCAGUUUGAAGGCCUAGGUAAGUAACUGAAGGAUAUGAGGUUAGUUUUUUGAAAUAUUCUAUAUAACGGCAGAAAACCACGAAAAACGGUCACCCUACCGGAAGCUCGGAUUUCACCUGGCGGAAACUCGAAAUUUUACACUUUUCAGCUUCUCGCUACAAAGACGUUUACAUAGCUGUGAAUCUUUCUUAAGUAUAAUUGAAUACAUUGAUUCUUCCUUAGUCAAACCAUGGGAAUUAUUUUUAUCUCUGCUUAUUUGUGAGCGAACUGAGACCCGAUUAAGAAGACACACUUUUCUCAUUUACGCGAAGGUGUAAAAUAAUCCAAACUCAGCGACGAAAAAAGCUGACCGGUAGUUCUUCAAAUCCUCUGAUAUUAUAACCAAAGACAGCUCAGUCAUUGAUUUUUAGGUCUACGGUUUUAAAUCUUUAGGAUCUAGUAGCACUUUUGCAUGAACGCCGAUCAAAAUUCGAUAAAAUUCCAAUUGAGCGCCUUUGAAAUCUACAACUCUACAUAACAAAGCACUAUUGAAUAAAUUAACUCCUCGGCCAAAGUUUGUACAUAAAACAUAAAGGUUUUGCUUUCUUAGCGGUUUGAAGCGUUUUAAAAAUAUAUAUUAAUGUUAAAUAUUGUCUAUACAGGUAAAACAAACUAUGAAACACCAAAAUUACCACGAGCUCGCUCCCUAAUCUGCGUCACGCACGAGCGACUUAGCUACAAUUAGUACAGUAACAAACAGAUAUUUACAUCCGUUGAUUUUAAAUAAGUCGUAUUUUUAAAAUAUCUUACUCAAAGAUGUGCCAGGUUUCCCAGUUAACUUGCUGAAAAAAAAAGAAAACCUUAAUAGUAAUUCUAGCUCAAUUAGAAUUGAUUUUAUUUAGUAUGAGAAGUUUUGUGCCGUCGAAAACCAAUCGGAAGUAACUGUUUCCACGAAAAGGAAAUAUUGCAUCGUUCUCUAAAUAAACAAAUCUUCUUAACCAUAUAACCAGAGUAUGUUGUUGGCGAAGUUAAUAGACAUACAUAACAACGACGUCUUGCUCGUUCUUGAAUAUUGUCGGUGGGAUUUGCGGCGCAGACGAACGCACUUGCUAAGUAACUUCCAAUGGCUAAUUUCUACCCUUACUCAGCUUUCGUCACACUGCUCACGCUGUGUAACAAGGAUAUAAAACAUCGCACGAAGUCCUAAAAAACUCUCCGGACUUGAACCAGAAUUGAUUUUAGCAAGAUUGCGUGUUUUUAAAAGCCAACGAGUUUAUUGGAGAUGACUACCCGUAUCGUCUCAUCGUGUCACUUAGGCAUAACCUGACACGAUGUCGAUAGUUUCGACUCCUGAUGGCCGAGAGCACUCGGAUUUCUUUUUUUUCCGAGUACGCCUGUGUCACUUACUGAAUAAUACAUCAUUCUCAUUUAUUCACCAGGCUUAAAAAUAUUCCAUCACAUUUAUUCCAUUGCGCGUAUGCCACACAUGACAUUCCAAUCCUAGCAGUAUGCAGGAUGUUUGUCCCAUGAAGCAUUCGGAUUUUUUUUCCGAUUAUGCCUGUGUCACUUACUGAGUAAUACAUCAUGUUCAAAAGUAUUAAUUUUUGCACCAUACAGGAAGUUGUUUCGGGUCACUCAACAAGAGCUGUGAAAAGUAGCCGCACUGGAAUAGGAAUAUAUUUUUUCCAAUCCACGAAGAUAUUUGACCUUUCAAAAUAGCUCGUCCCUAUGGGCUCAGGUAAAUAACAACUAAAAAAUGUACUACCAAGCAGGAACUGUCUCCAAUGAGUUUUGCAUCCUCUUCAUUCUGUUGUCCAAUGCGACUAUUAAAAACACUAUGAGUUUUACGACUUGCAUGUUUUAUUGAUUGCGCUUGUCAAACAACACUACAGUCUGUCAUUGAUAGAGAAAAUAAAGUUUAAUUUUGACAAUAUUCGAUGAAAAAUACUAAGAAUUUUCCAAAGAGGGCACCGAAGAAUAAAUAAUGUGCACUGUCAUUUUACGACAUUUAAAAAGGAGGGAAGGGGGUUGGGGAAAGGAUUUAACAACCAUACUACUCUCUCUCCCCAACCACCCACAGAGUGCACAGUUUGCACAGUAUACUAGUGGAAACGUCACAUCAACCUUACUUAUUUCUUUCCGUCGUUUAAACAAAUGAUUCUUUCAUAUAAUCUUAAGUCAACAGAAUGAAUAGACUAAAAAUAAUUCAUUGGAGACAGUUUCUGUUUGGUAGAACAUCAAGUAGUUGGUUGCUUACCUGAGCAGGGACGAGCUGUUUUGAAAGCUCAAAUAUCUUCAUGGAUUGGAAUAAAUUUAUUCCUUUUUCCAGUGCGGGUGCCUUCCUCAGCUCCUUGCAGUGACCAGAAACAACUUCCGGGAUGGUGCAAAGAUUACCCGUCCUUCGCCAACCUAAACCUAACUUGGCACGAUGAACCGGACAGAUAGUCAUAUCCGAUAAAUUCGCCGGCUUUUGAAAACAUCCACAUCUCGCCAAAAUUAAUUCUACCUCCGUUUCAAUUCCGGAAAAUUUCAAGGACUUUUUGUGAUUUUUGAUAUCCCUGUUACACCGCGUGAGAGGCGUGACGGAAGUUGAAGAACUUGUGCGUUCGUCUGCGCCGCAAAUCCUACCAACAAUAUUCAAGAACGAGCAAGACAUCGCUGUUCUAUGAAGUUCCCCGACAAUAAACUCUGGUUUUAGAUGAAAUGUUUCACAGAUAAAGAUAAUUCGAUUUAUUUAUUUAAAGAACGAUGCAAUUUUCGUGAGAACAGGUACUUCUGAUUGGCUAUCGACGGCAUAAAGCUUUUCAUUCUUAAUAAAAUCAAUUCUUAUCGUUUCAGUUUGAAUUGCUAUUAUGAUAUUUUCUUUUAUUAUUACUUCAGCAAGUUAACUGAGGAACCUGGCACAUCGUUGAGUAAGAUAUUUUAAAAUAAGACUUAUUGUAAAUUAACAGAUGUAAAUAUCUGUUUGUUACUGUACUAAUUGUAGCGAAGUCGCUCGUGCGUGACACAGAUUAGGGAGCGAGCCUGUGAGAUUUAAUUUCAGCUCGUGGUAAUUUUGGUGUUUCAUAGUUUGUUUUACCUGUGUAGACAAUAUUUAACAUUAAUAUAUAUUUUUAAAAGGUUCAAACCGCUAAGAAAGUGAAACCCUCAUGUUUUAUGUACAAACUUUGGCCGAGGAGUUAAUUUAUUCAAUAGUGCAUUGUUAUGUAGAGUUGUAGAUUUCAAAGGCGCUCAAUUGGAAUUUUAUCGAAUUUUGAUCGGCGUUCAUGCAAAAGUGCUACUAGAUCCUAAAGAUUUAAAACCAUAGACCUAAAACUCAAUGACUGAGCUGUCUUUGGUUAUAAUAUCAGAGGAUUUGAAGAACUACCGGUCAGCUUUUUUCGUCGCUGAGUUUGGAUUAUUUUACACCUUCGCGUAAAUGAGAAAAGUGUGUCUUCUUAAUCGGGUCUCAGUUCGCUCACAAAUAAGCAGAGAUAAAAAUAAUUCCCAUGGUUUGACUAAGGAAGAAUCAAUGUAUUCAAUUAUACUUAAGAAAGAUUCACAGCUAUGUAAACGUCUGUGUAGCGAGAAGCUGAAAAGUGUAAAAUUUCGAGUUUCCGCCAGGUGAAAUCCGAGCUUCCGGUAGGGCGACCGUUUUUCGUGGUUUUCUGCCGUUAUAUGGAAUAUUUCAAAAAACUAACCUCAUAUCCUUCAGUUACUUACCUAGGCCUUCAAACUGACAAAGUAUGAGCGAAAUCGAUUUUUGACCGUGGCCACGAUUUCUUUGAUUUUUACUGACAAUCACUCUUAAAUGCUAUUAAAAAAAUUGAGCUACAUCAGUAGCCACAUACAGCGUCAAACUGCCUAUUUUUAUUACAACGCCGUGAGAAUCUUUGUUUUCUAACCUCUCCAGUGUCUUUUAGCCUAACGUUCUUUAUUUUAAGAGAAAGAUACCGAAGUAUGUGAAAAACAGAAGUCGAUGAGACGUUUUCUUCACGUAUCAUUUGAAGCUCUAACGUCUCUCGAGCCGCAUCUAGGAAAAGCAGAGUUAAGAUUUUUAGUUAAGAAUCUUUUUUUCAAUUUAUUUGAGGUAAACGUCUGUAAACUUCUUUGACUUAAAAAUACUAAGCAGUGAGCUUAAAAAGCUUUAAAAAAUAUACCUUCUCCAGUGCAUGCUAGAAGAGCUUGUGUUGUAAUGCACGCGAAGAAGAUGAAAGACAAGGAGUCCAAGAAUUAAAAUUUGGAGUCUUUUGUUUUAAGUUUUUGCACUGACCUUAUUAUGUUUUGUCCAAAUUCUUAAAACCUUUGGCUUCAAUUCUCCCAGUACAUGCUUGGCUAGUAAUGAGGUUGUUUCGUCUUUCUGCCACCUCUCUUAGUUCGCCCUAGUGCUCCAAGCAACUUUCGAUGUAUACGACCGGUGAACCACGAUGCUAUGUUGGUGGGAUGGACUCUACCGGAAAUGGACGAGUUUGGUAGAAGCAGCGGUCUCUCUGUGAAGGGAUAUAAGGUGGGUACAUUCGUUUUAUAUGUAGUUUAUCUUGACUACUCAAUGAAGUUGGUUAAAAAAAUGUUUGUGUAAUUAUGGUCUGUUUCUCUGUUGAUAGAUUUAUGCGAAUGACGACGUGAGGCUAGACGUUCGUAGCCCCUACAUGGCGAAGGUAUGACGGACCGGUGUGUCUUUACGCUAAACGUUUCCGCUUGGUCUUCUCUUUACAAUUUGAUCAUAGCAUUCGAUUACCCCGUCAGUUUUCUUAUUAUUGCUAAUGAACUACUGUAGAUGUAUAUUUUUUUCAUUAUAUUUAUUAUUUGCCUAAUAUUUCUUACUAGGCUUUGGUCGAGGGUCUUGAACUUGGUCUGCCGAUCAAAUUCAGUAUUAAGACUGUGGCUGAAAAUGGCACAUCUUCUGAAACUGUGUCAGCAGCAUUUAACGACACAAUCAAAGAAAGCUUGUUGGUAAGGAACUAGUAGAUGAGCGUAACUAGUCGAUAUAGUGUCAUUUGGCGAGUCCUCUUCAUAGGAAACGCAGUUGGUCUUUGUUUUUUUGUUUGCAGGGUCAAACAUUGAUUCCUUUAGAUGUGCCUAAGAACACCUUUAGCUCCUUUGUGUGCUCUUAUUGAGGGAUAUUUUAAAGCUCAGUGAUUGUUAGUUAAAUAUUGCGUAAAAUUUUUAAGUUAUUGGUUCGUGUUCUCUCUCGUCUGAUAUGAAUAUGGUGGACAUAUUUUAGGUACUGACUAUCUCUUUAACAAUAACUAAUCAGGAGAUUAGAUCAGUUUAUGUUUGUUUGCUUUGUUUUGUUUUUUGCUUUAAUUUGUAAAGCAACGCUUUGGCAUUUAAGCUGUGAACUCUCUUUUUUUUUGGCAGGAUUCGCGUGAAGAAUACUUUGAGGUUUGUUUUUCUGUUAUUAUCGAUAGCUAUUUAGUGCAAAAUUCACUUUAUUAAAGGCACCAUCCUUGUAUAUUAUAGAGAAAUUUUUAAAUUCGCCCCUCGCCUAGAAAUGACAGGCCACUUGAAAUCGAGAGAAAACUAUUGAAGGAAAUCAGAAACUUGACUUUCCCUCACUAAAGACGAGUCUUUUUCUCACGUGUGGCGUCCGUCUGUAUUUGAUGUAGUGCCACAUGCUUUACGUCUUCUUAAGCGCCGUUUGAUGAUAAUAGUGAGUUUAAUUCUUGCGGCAAAAAUAAACUCUAAUUUUUCUCACUUUCCCUAUAACUGAGAAAUCAUCCCUGAAUGCAGACAGCAAGAAGUUUCAUUUGUCUUUUGCCGUAGGCGGCAUUCUGAACCUUUUACGUGUAUUUUCAAUUUCAUUGGAUUUUCUUUUGAAGAGAUAGUUUUAUGUUCCGUCUUUUUGUCGAGAUCAACAGAUAUAUGAGGCCGCCUGUGUAUCCUGGUUUCAGUUGGGUAUACUAAUGGAGGGGUUGAAAUCUCGAAAAAGUCAACCAAUUUUAUACGACUAAAGUACGAAUAACUUGAAUUGUAAAUCAUGAAUUGUUUUGUUUCUGUUUUCAAAGGAUUUGGAAAAUGAGCAGCAAUACAGAACGGUAUGAUUGACUACUCUAGUAAUGUUACUCUAGAUACCCUUUCGAUUUAGUCUGGAAAGCGUAGAAAGAUAUUUGAUUUUAAAAUGGUUAGGUGCCAUGUUCCUUCGGUUUGAUGUUGAUGAAUCUGUCACCAAUGAGAACUUACUUUGUAACAAAAUGUAUUUAGGUUGAGUGUAAUGUUCCAAGUGCGUGAUGGACAUUCGUGUUCUGAUGACAGACCCCGUUAUUUGCUUGUCUUCUCAGUUUGUGGCUCUUUACGACUACGAUCCGUUUAAAAGUUCACCCAAUCAAAAUCCUGCUGCUGAAAUGAGCUUCAAAGAAGGGGACAUCUUGAAAGUGUUUAACACUUUCAGAAAGGACGGCUAUUUUGUAGGAAAGGUACUGAAAGUGUUUGUAAUUCGGGGUUUCGCAUAGUCAGAUGCUUUUCUGUCGUACAUUUACUAUAUUAGGCAUUUUUUUAAAAUCUUUAAGGCUAGUUUCUUCUUACUUUACUUUUCAUUUCCGCAUACAAGUCACAACUAAAUCGAUUACCAAUCAGUAAUAUGUGUUGAAUUUUAUGGUAAUCCUUUGGAGCUCGUUAGCCAGGAGGCCCUUCUGGCGGCCGUUCUUGAAGGAGGUAACCAACAGUUCAGAUUACACUGUUAAAAUGUUCGAGCACGUUGACGAGGACAUGUCUCUGACUUAACAGCUGAAAAACAGAAAAGGGCUGAUCCCAUCCAACUUUAUAGAGGAAGUAGCUGUGGCCUCACCUCUGCGACUGGCUGCUGCUAAGGUAAUUGUCACGAAUCGUGAAUUACUUUUCUGUGCACAAUAUCUGUUUUCCUGUUAUUAGUUGUGCGUCCUGUGUUUAACGUAAAACUCAAAAGGGGUAGCAUUUAUAAGUCAGAUUCUCACAGGAGUGACCAUCUUAUGUAAAAGAGAUCAAUACCACUUCUUUCAAUUUAUCGGCGGUAAACUUUGUUGCUCACAGCUUUUCUUGAGCAACGCUGUCACACAAUCUGACUUCCCAGUCAGCUCGGUAACGAGAGACAGUUUUUGUCUUUAGGAGUAAUCGUAGGUCAUCAUUCUUUCAUCGCUAAUUACGCUCCCAGCUAUAAAACUGCAAUGGUGCUCUUGCCAACCUGAAAUCUUUAAAAACUAUCAAAUGCGUUCGUGAAAACUAUAAUUUUUUACAUGGACUCGCAGUUUUAUUUUCUAAAAAGUUAAAGUGAUGUAGAUGCAUGCUCUUUCAGCAAGUCAGUUCUCUUUUCUCUCUUCAGAGGCGAAAAGCAGCUCUUCCCAGUCCCACAAUCAGGCCUCAAUCAGGACACAUCAGUUCAGUUGAAAGUAUCGGUUCACCAACUGUCGGAGCAAAGAAUCCUGUGCUAAUGAAUAGAAAGGUAGGUCAAGAGAAUUUCCAUAUCUCGGAGUAUUCUUUGGUUUUGGUCUCUCUUACUAUUGGCAGUUUUUUUUUUUUUUUUUCGUUUCGUUUUUUUUUUUUUUUUUUUUUUUUUUUUUUUUUAAGAUUUCUAGAAAUUUUUCAAUUCUAAAUAGAGAUUAGAGGACAUAUUUGUGUCCUUCACAGCCAUAUAGUUCUGGGAUGUCGUACAACAAUUCCCGCGAGGGAUUCAUGACCUUAACGUCAACAAAUACUUCGAUGAAACUGAUUCAGUUCAUUCUGUAAGCUCCAUGCGUUUCCAAUAAAUCAGGUCGAUUAGGGUCUUGAAAACUUGGUUUGGAUGGUACGUUUUCGGUUUCGUUGGUUUGGUGAGCAACUUUCGGUUCCGAUCCAAAUUUUUCAGGGAUUUGUGGUUUGAAGUAAGUUUUUGUGCGCUCUUCUCUUUUACUAAUAGACCACGAUGCCUCCCUCAACAAUUACUGUCAAUUCCUAGUCAGAAAUCCCUAAAUAUGCACCCACUAAUAAAUGGUAGUAGGUGAAUAACUUAGAAAAAGAAAAAAGGGAGGGAAAAUAUCCAAGAGGAGCAAUGCAGUGGAUUCGGUGCUGAAAUUUACAUCUCAUUUUUGUGUAGAUGAUGGUGGCCCUCUAUGAUUACAACCCAGAGGUGCAAUCACCGCAAGAUAACCCAGAUUCAGAACUCCCGUUGAAGAAGGGGCAAAUAUUUACUGUUUUUGGUGACAUGGUAAGUAGCAAGAAGCCCUAGCAAUUUGAAUUCGAACAACGGAAAUAGUGGAAGAUUUUAUGAUGUUGCGGAAAAACCUGACCACGAAACGACAUCACGAGGAGCGGUGUAAGACCGACCUGAAUAUUUUCUUUCUUAGCCUGGCCCCAUGAAGUUCAGCCGUUCAAUUUGCGGCGUGCAACAUGGUUUUGUAUACAAAUACUCCAAUUUCUCUUGAUAAAGACAAAGUUAUAGGUUACACUUAAUUGGAAGGUUAAGGCUUUUUUUUUCCCUGGUAGAGAAGUUUUUGUUUUCUAAAGGAGAAUAAUAUAAAUGUUAAAGUAUUGGAGUGGCCCGCAGUAAGGUUACCAGAGCGAGAUUCUCUUUGAUAGUUUUAAUAAGGUUUCCUUCACAAUUGAUCUCGGUUUAUUGCAGGAAUGACGUUUCCUUUAUUACCAAGGGGAGAAACAGGACCAUAAAGUACAGAUGACCCCCUUAAAAUUCGGGCUUACACUUAUGUACCACACGUUUGACUACAGCAGAUCACAUUCUGUGUUAUCUUUAGUUUGUAAUUCGUUCGUUGCAUACCUAUCAUUUCUUUUAUUGUACAAUCCUCGACAUUUUACAGAGAAAAGGUGGUCUUUUUCUCAAGUGUUCGAGAAGUUUUCCAUGACUGGAGAAAAUAAUGAUUUGCGCAGCUAGUGUGAAGUUUUCAAGCGCAGCCUCGUAUUAAUAGGUAUUUGCAAGCUUCUGUAAGCCGAAACGUCGUAGCGAAAGCCCCAAAGCAAACUCCGCAAUUAUCUAAAUUUAAAGUAGAUAAGAAUUCCUUGGGAAAUUUUGUUCAUAAUUCUUAAACAUUUGUUUUUCUUCUCGUUUCUUUAUUCUCCUUAAGCGCGCUGAUGGCUUUUAUCAAGCUGAAGUGAAUGGAGAGCUUGGACUCGUACCUGGAAGCUUUCUCGACGAAUACACCACUGGGGUAAGGGUAAAGCACGGAAAAAGCAAACUUAUUUAUCUAAGCAACAACUACGUGCGAAAACUUGUAGUCAUAAUAAAUUAUAGGAUGUACUGCGGAACCCUGCCUUACGGCCACCUCGUUAUUAUGGCCGCUUUUUAAUAGCUCGGCUAAACGGACACUCAUUUUCUUAUCAACAGGAAAACCCUUGUUUACGCGGUCACUCAUUAAUGAGGCCAACAGCCACAUUUUAAAACCCCAAACAGUAGAAUCCCUUAAAAUUUUACUCCGUAAUACGGCCAUCAUACUCAAUAUAGAAAACCAAAACGCCGAUGGCAUGUCGAUUCAAUGAUCUCUGUCGUGUACUAAUCAAACAGCCGAAUUACCUAGAAGUUGGCAACACUUCCUGUUCUCACAUUAAUUUUUUUUAUUUAUCAAUGGUUAAAGUUUUGCAGCUGUCAUUGAUGCUUGGUUUUACGUGAGAGUUUUAGAAAAAUUACGGGCUUUAACCUUGGAAAUGGUUUCCAAAAAUUGCGAAGAUGUCUGUUAUAGUAAUAUGUUUUAUUUUAAUUUAAAGGGAAUCGUUAGCGGUCUCCAGUCUGGAAUGCUCGAUCCAGUUGAAUGAUCAAGUAAUGGGCUCCUGACGAAGCUCAUCAUAAAGCUCUGCAUGUUACUAGAUUCCCGUGUGGAAUUUUUUAUGCAUUCGCAUACUUUGAUUGUAUUUUGUAGCACCCGCCUAUGCUGCAUCAAUUACUUUUAUAAUCUUCCGUUUUGGAUUUUUUAAUUUCACCUUUUUAUUCUCAUUUUUUGUUAAUUGUGAUAGAGAAAUUUGGAGUAUAGAUCUCUUAAUGUUAAAAGCAAAUAAUUUUGAGGAAAUCAGUCUAGUUUGCUGGCAAGCUAUAUUUUACAGCUGGAGUAGUUGAAUAGUAGAAAAUAGUACCAAAUAAUUGAUACAGUGUAAGAUUUUUUAAUUCCUGUACAGACUUGUAGAUAUCAGACCUCAAAGGUGUAACAGAUGUGACUUACACUGAAAGUGUUUAUGAAGGUAUAACAUUGAGAAAAGGAAAUCUGUAUAUUGCAACACACU